CGCGGUCUUCCGACUGGACGAAGAGGAUUGUUUUCGUGCUAGUGAUACGAAACACGAUCUUCAAACUUGGCUGGAUACUCUUUAAACAAAAACGUGCAGGAAAGAGGCUGCGCUCAGCCAUGGGAACGGCAAAGAUGAAACAUCUUUUGCCGUUGGUGGUAUGGAUAAUAUUAAGCUCAUAUCCAGCUGAAUCAUUAAACAGAGGGAGACCAGGAAGUAGAAGAGAAGUAUUCUUUUUAAAUUUAGAAGACGGUUAUUUUGGUUGCCAAGUUAACGAAUCAACAGAUGUCCUACAACUAUUAGAGCUGUCAAGGCUUUGUGAUAGUCAUACAGACUGUUAUCAAGGCACUGACGAGCAGCGCAAUAAACUGAAGUGUACCGACGACUGUACCAAAGAAGAUGGAACAAAAUGUGAAAAUGGAGUCUGCCUCGACUCUGUAUGUCAUUGUAAUGAUGGCUUCGGAGGUUGUAAUUGUCAGGUUCCAGAUGAAAAUGAAUGCAAAUAUCGGCCGUGUGAUAUUUUUGCUCACUGUACCAAUACUCUUGGAAGUUUUCAAUGCUCUUGCUUCCCUGGGUAUCGAGGUGACGGAUUUCAGUGCGAAGACAUUAAUGAAUGCGAUGAUCCAGUUCUGGCAGCACGGUGUGUAGAGAACGCUGAAUGCUGUAAUCUCCCUUCAAAUUUUCUUUGUAAAUGUAAACCCGGUUACAUCGGUGAUGGGGAAGAACACUGUGAGGAUUUGGACGAAUGCACCAUCCCUGGCGCGUGCGCAGAGAAUGCUGUUUGUCAAAAUAUUCCCGGAAAUUACACUUGUUCUUGCAAGACAGGAUACACUGGAGAUCCAUACAGCACAUGUGACGAUGUAAACGAAUGUGAAAAUGGUUAUGCUUGCGGCCAAGGAGCUUUAUGCAUCAAUUUACCAGGAAGUCAUAAAUGCGAAUGUCCUCAAGGUUUCGAAGGCAAUCCUAAUGAAGGUUGUCAGGAUGUUGACGAAUGUGCUCGAACCCCUUGUGGUCGCUCUGCUCUUUGUACAAAUUUGGAUGGAAGCUUCCGUUGCUCUUGCCCCGAAGGGAUGGACGGUGAUCCUAUAUCAGGCUGUUAUGACAUUAACGAGUGUGAUGAUGCCGGUCUGUGCGGACCGAACUCCAAAUGCGUAAACACCGAAGGCAGUUUCAAAUGCCAAUGCUUAGCUGGAUAUCAAGAAGAUUUGACUCAAGGAUGCGUCGACUCCAAUGAAUGUGCCCAGAGUAAUAUUUGCGCUACUAAUGCCAAGUGCAUCAAUGUACCCGGAUCGUUCAAAUGCAUAUGUCCUCAAGGCUUUAUCGGUCAAGGUCUCACAUUGUGUGAAAAUGUUAAUGAGUGUGAAAACAAUCCGUGUGGAGAAAAUACAGAAUGUACCGAUACAGUCGGAAGCUUUGUCUGCAAUUGCAAAGCAGAUUACACUGGAGAUCCAUUUAAAGGCUGCAGCGAUAUAAACGAGUGUACGGCAUAUGAAAAACCGUGUGGUAGAAACGCUAUUUGUAAAAAUGCAAAUCCAGGAUACAACUGCAUUUGCCCACCUGGAUAUAGUGCUAAUCCCAGUCCAGCAAUUGCUUGCGAUCAGACCGAUGUGGCAAUUGCGUGUAAAUCGAAUUUUGACUGUGUUAAUAAUGCUGAAUGUAUCGAAGAACAAUGCCUUUGCAAAGAUGGAUUUAAGGCGAUCAGUGCCAAAUGUGUAGAUGUGGAUGAGUGCAUCGCAAAUCCUUGUGGACCUGCUGCAGUUUGCACAAAUGUUAAAGGAAGUUACCAUUGUGAUUGCGAAACAGGCUUCGUUGGAAGUCCACCACAUAUUCCAUGCAAGGCUCCCUGUGAGGAAGUUACAUGCGGAGAGCAUGCGUUCUGUAAGGCGGAUAGACAUGAAGCCUAUUGUAUUUGUGAAGAAGGCUGGACUUUUAAUCCAAAUGAUAUAGCAGCAGGAUGCAUCGAUAUAAACGAAUGUGACAUUAGUAAUGGUCCAUGGGGACGAUGCGGCAACAAUGCAAUAUGUACCAAUACUCCAGGAGGAUUCAACUGCCAAUGCGAAGCAGGGUAUUCAGGGAAUGCUUUUAAGCAGUGUAUAGAUGUUGAUGAAUGCCUACGUUCUGGAUCAUGCGGCUACGGAGCUAUCUGCACUAACAAUGAUGGCUCAUACACAUGUUCAUGCCCGGAAGGAACCAUACCAGAUCCAGAUCCUACCGUCAAAUGUGUCGGUGUAGUUACCUGCAAUACAGAUGGCGAUUGUCCUGGAAACUCAAUAUGUGAUCCGCAAAAACGGUGCUUGUGCCCAGAGCCAAACAUUGGAAACGAUUGCAGACAUCCAUGUGAAGAUAUGCUCUGUGGCCCUAACGCUCAAUGCAUGAUGUUGAGUGGUACUGCAAGGUGCAUUUGUGGAAACGGAUUUACUGGAAAACCAGGUGUAAAAGGAGGAUGUAGCGACAUAAACGAAUGUGCGGUAAACCCUUGCCCGCCAGGAGCUAUUUGCAAUAAUGAGCCAGGUUCAUUCUCAUGCCAAUGCCCCAGUGGCACAACAGGAGAUCCCUACAAUGGAGGAUGCCAGGAAUCUGAAUUGCCCCAUGUUUGCGGACCCAAUACUCCAUGCCCUGCAGGUGAACAGUGCAUUCAAGACGAAUUCAUCGGCAGCAGUGUCUGCAUUUGUCAGCGAGGAUACAUCCGUGAUAAAGAAAGUGAAAAAUGCAGAGAUAUCAAUGAAUGUUUGGAACCAAGAGAUAAAACAGCAUGUGGAGUUAAUGCUAUUUGCAAGAAUCUACCAGGAAGCUACGAAUGCCAGUGCCCACCGGGAUUCAAUGGAAAUCCAUUUUCCCUUUGCGAAGAAUGCAACAGCAUCGAAUGUCAAUGUCAACCACCGUACAAAAUAGUGAACGGCAAAUGCAUGUUGGCUGGGUGUUCAAAGGGUGAAAGCUGCCCUAGUGGAGCAGAAUGUAUAACCAUUGCCGGAGGUGUCAGUUAUUGCGCUUGCCCGAAGGGCUACCACGCAAGACCAGAUGGAUCAUGUGAAGAUAUAAAUGAGUGCAUUGAGGGACAGCAAGUAUGCGGAUAUGGAGCUGAAUGCAAAAAUUUGCCUGGUUCACAUCAAUGCAUUUGCCCUCAUGAUUACGGCGGUGAUCCGUACAAUGGCCUCUGUUCGCCAGCACAAAAAAGAUGUACGAAUGACAAUGAGUGCAAAGCAAAUGAGAAGUGUGUUCAACCCGGAGAAUGCGUUUGUCCACCUCCCUUUUAUACUGAUGUGCAAGAUGGAAAUCUUUGUAAAAAUCCAUGCAACCGAUUUCCAUGUGGUAUGCAUGCGAAAUGCACUCCAAGUGAUCCUCCGAAAUGCAUGUGCGAAGCUGGAUAUGAAGGAGACCCUCAACACGGUUGCUCAGACAUCAAUGAAUGUGCUAAUAAUCCCUGCGGUCAGGGAGCUUAUUGUCUUAAUACCAACGGUGCUCACAUUUGUGAAUGUCCGAAAGGUACAGUGGGUGAUGCUUAUGGGGCGGGUUGUACAGGUGUUCCAACUGGAAAACAAGAAUGUACAUCUAAUGAGGAUUGCGAAAACUAUUAUGCAUGUGAUCACGGUAGAUGUGUAAAUCCGUGUAACUCGUUACCUUGUGGGCCAAAUGCUUACUGUGAGCCAGACAAACAUGCUGCUUGGUGUCGAUGUGUUGUUGGAUUUACCGAAGGAAAGAAUAAUGAAUGCGUUUCUCAAUGUGAUGGAUUCGUAUGCGGAGGCGGAGCGCAGUGUAUAGUUAGUUACGAUGGUCCGACUUGCAAGUGCGUUGAAGGAUUUAUAGGAAAUCCUUUCCCUGGUGGUCAAUGCACUCCAGAUGUAUGUUCAUCAGAUGUACCAUGCGCUGAACCAAGUAUUUGCAUAAGUGGACGUUGCAAGCGUCGGUGUGAAGGUGUAGUUUGUGGUGUUGGAGCAAGUUGUGAUCCGUCAACGAACAAAUGUAUAUGUAAUCCUUACUUUGUUGGGAAUCCGGAUCUGCUGUGUAUGCCACCUGUACAACCUCCAACAUGUGACCCAAGUUGCGGCGACAAUGCUCAUUGUGAAUACGGUCUAACCACGUCCAAAUGCGUGUGCAAUCCUGGCAUUCAUGGAAAUCCAUAUCAUGGGUGCGGUAUACAAGACAAAUCUGAUUGUUCUGUGGAACUGUGCGGUAAAGAUGCGCAUUGUCGAGCUGGGCUGAAUGCUGUGGAAUGCUUAUGCCCACCAGGUUACGCAGGAAAUCCUUAUAUUCAAUGCUACGAUAUUAACGAAUGCAAUGGAAACGCCUGUGGAAAUGAUGCAGUGUGCAUUAAUACUAUUGGGAGUUAUGACUGCCGUUGUAAGGAAGGAUUUAUAGGGAAUCCAUUUAUUGGUUGUCAAAAAGUGCUACCAGAUCUGUGUGAAGACCCUACAAUUUGCGUGUGCAGUAAUGAAGUGCCAUGUCCGUCGGGCUAUUCUUGUGUUCAAAGGAAAUGCAUCGAUGCGUGCAGUGACAUCAAAUGUGGUCCAAGAUCUGUUUGUGAAGAAGGAACGUGUAUUUGUCCUCCUGGAUACAGCGGAAAUGCAAACGAUCUCAACAACGGCUGCCAUCUCCAGGGUCAUUGUUCUAAGGAUCAUGAUUGUGAAGCUCAACAAAUAUGUUUCCAAGUUGGCAAGGGCUCCCGAAAAUGCGUAGACGCCUGUAGCAAAUUACAAUGCGGACCAAACGCAUUGUGUGUAACUCAAAAUCAUGCAUCAUCCUGUAUUUGUAUCGACGGAUACGUCGGAAAUCCCAGCAACCUGGUAAACGGAUGUCAACCGGACAAAGCCAUUCCUAUAUCGACAUGUUCCGAUGACACAGAAUGCACGAUAGGCUCCUUUUGCACACUUGUGGAGACUGGCAUUCGGGAAUGCAUAGAUCCAUGCAGCCAAAUAAUAUGCGGUUCUCACGAAAAAUGCCAACCAGACACAUCACGGCACGCCACAUGCAUAUGUCAAGAUGCAUAUGAAUGGAAUCCAGUUCUAUCCUCCUGUGAAAAGCCUUCAGUGCCCGAUUGCACAACAGACGAAGACUGUGAAACGGCUGCAGCAUGUCAGCCGGAUGAUUUGGGGGUUUUGAAGUGUACUUCUGUCUGUAAAGCAUUUACGUGUCCUAUUAAUUCCCAGUGUACUGCAUUCAAUCACCAGGGUCAUUGCGAAUGUCUACCUGGUUAUACUGGAAAUCCGAACGAUCGUAGCGGCUGUCAAACUUCUCAAAAAGACAAAUGUAACACAGAUACGCAAUGUUCUGAAGAUCAAACGUGCAGAUCUUCAAGCGAUGGCACCUUGACCUGUCAACCUGUAUGUAAUUUCGUUACCUGCGGACCAAAUGCACUCUGCAUUGUGAAUAAUCAUGUGGCAAGGUGUGAAUGUCCACCAGGUCUUUACGCUGGUGAUGCUAAUGACCAGACUAAAGGAUGUCAAACUGUUCCCUGUGUUUAUAAUAACGAUUGCCCACCAACACAACUCUGCAAUCGAUUAACGCACACUUGUUACGACGCUUGUGACGAGAAUUCAUGUGGAUUGAACGCUGUGUGCAUAGCUGAUGAUCAUAAAGCAACGUGUCAGUGCCCAGCGGGCUUUAAAGCAAAUCCUGUGCCAGACGUUGAAUGUGUUAGUAGCGAAGUAUGCUCACCAAAUUAUUGUCAUUCCACUGCAGUUUGCAUUACGGGUGUUGCCAAUACGCCAAUAUGCCAAUGCCCGCCAAAUCACGUUGGAGAUCCAUAUACAACUGGAUGUCAACUGGAAGGUUUCUGUUCCACGAACAAUGAUUGCCCUGUACAAUCCGUUUGCCAAAAUAACAGAUGCAUCAAUCCGUGCGAAAAUGUCUGUGGACCAAAUGCAAUAUGUGAAAUUAUUAACGGAGAGCCUAUUUGCAAGUGUCAGGAUAGAUUCGUACCAUCUAGCAAAGGCCCACAAGAAGGUUGUGUAAGGUCCACCGGUUUGUGUUCUACGAAUGCAGAUUGUGAUGGAAACUUCUGUUUAGAUGGCCGAUGCAGAGCUGCAUGUCGUUCCGUUUCCGAUUGUUCUGAGGGUGAAAAGUGUAUUAACAGUUUAUGUGCAAUCCCUUGCAUCUCCCACUCACAAUGCCAAUCAGAUCAGGCUUGUAUCAAAGGAACAUGCACACUAGGAUGUCGUGGCAAUAAAAAUUGCCCAUCGUCGGAAUCGUGUAUCAACAAUAAAUGUGAAGAUCCUUGCACAAAAGAAAAUGUAUGUGGCGCAAACGCGGAAUGUAGCUGCAUAGACCAUACUACAGUAUGCAGUUGUCCGGUCGGAUUCCAAGGUACUCCAACACCAGAAGAGGGUUGUGCACGUGUUCCAACAACGUGUGAGACACCUCGAGAUUGUCCGUCGAAACACACGUGCAUUUCUGGCUUCUGCCAAUGCCAAUGUAAUAACCAGAAUGAUUGUGCCCUCGGGGAACAUUGUAAAAAUGCCGUCUGUGUAAAAAUAUGUUACCGAAAUAGCAAUUGUUUACCUGGAGAACAGUGUAUUGGUGGUCACUGUGAAAUUGGGUGUACCUCGGAUGCCGGAUGCAAGAGUGAUGAAAUAUGUAUUAAUAACAAAUGCAGAUGCGGUCACGGAUUUAUUGCUGGGCCGGAAAAGUGCAUAGAUAUUAAUGAAUGCGAAGAGCAGCCUUGUCAUCAAACUGCAGAGUGUAACAAUCUUCAUGGUUCAUACCGCUGCGUAUGUCCUCAAGGAACAGCUGGUGAUCCAGUGAGCACUGGGUGCUUGAAACCGCAUCAAUGUAGUCAUGACACCGAUUGUGCUGAUUCACAGGCUUGCCUGCAAAAUAACUGCACAGAUCCGUGUGCGUUUGUAGAUUGUGGAUCCAAUACAAUAUGUUCUGUAAUUGACCAUAUCGCCACAUGCCAGUGCCAGCCUGGUUAUAUAGGAGAUGCAUCUGGAUGUUUCAAAGUUGAAUGUCUUUCCAACAGCGACUGCCCAGAAGAGAAAUACUGUAAUCAAGAAACAAACAAAUGUGCAAGCCCAUGUAAUCAAAUGAAUUGUGGAUAUGGAAACUGUGCUGUCAUAAAACAUACGGCGUCAUGUAACUGUUACUCAGGCUUUGCUCUUCUUGGUGAUACGUGUACUGAUAUAGAUGAAUGUAAAGAAAACCCUUGCCAUUCUACAGCUACGUGUCAUAAUACUGAAGGUUCUUUCGCAUGCGUUUGUCCUCAUGGUUUGGUUGGAGACCCCAUAAAACUUGGCUGCAGAGAACCUAGUGAUUGCUUUACUGAUUCUGAUUGUCCAACAUCAGCAAUGUGCAUGGAGAACAGUUGUCGCAAUCCUUGUGACAAUCCCUCUAUCUGUGGCCAGAAUGCUGAAUGCAAUGCCGUGCAUCAUGCACCAGUAUGCAGAUGCCCGAGCCAAACCACCGGGGAUCCCAAAACGGAAUGUGUGCACUUGGAAUGUAAUUAUCACUACGACUGUGGUUCAUUCAAAGCAUGCUUCGACAACAAAUGCAUUGAUCCGUGUUCGGUACCCAAUGUAUGUGGACAGCGAGCUGAUUGUUCGCCAUUAAAUCAUAGCGCAGUUUGCACUUGCCAACCGGGAUGUACAGGGGACCCAAACCUCGGUUGUGUUCCUGUGCAGUACUGCAAAUCAGAUACGCAGUGUCCAACUAGUUCCACUUGUAAUGGAGGAGUAUGCACCUCUGUUUGUACAAGUACACGAGAUUGCAUUGGUGAUCAAUUGUGUAUUAACCAAGUUUGCCAGCCUACGUGCAGAAGCAAUUCUAGUUGUCCAGAGUAUCAAUUUUGCCAAAAUAACAUAUGUGUCCAAGAAUUACGUUGUAUUUCGGAUAACGACUGCGAUGACAGUGAAAAGUGUAUUAGAAACGCCAUAGGACAAGCCGAAUGUAAAAAAUCAUGUGAACUCAUUUUGUGCGGCCGCAAUGCAGUUUGCAAAGGUCAAAACCAUGAAGCAUCCUGCUCUUGCGAUAGUGGAUUCUUUGGAGAUGCCUACGAUGACAAAAUGGGCUGUCAACCUGUGGAAUGUGAAUCUCAUCAGGAUUGUUCUGAAGAAAAAGUAUGUGAUUCUCAUAAAUGCAGAAUUGCUUGCCUUGCGAACAAUCCUUGUGGACCAAACGCUAUAUGUUCAACGGAAAAGCAUUCACAAGUUUGUACCUGUCAACCUGGGUAUACAGGAGAUCCAACUCAAGGAUGUGAUCUUAUCGAUUUUUGCGCUUCAACACCUUGCGGUCCAGGUUCUUCUUGCGAAAACUCACGUGGCUCAUUCAAAUGCCUAUGUAAGCCGGGGACUGUCGGGGAUCCAUACAACAGUGGUUGUCACGAGCAUGAAUACUGCCAGGAUGAUCAAGAUUGUCCAAUCACUGCUAAAUGCAUUACAUUGAAUGGAAAACCGAAAUGCGUUGAUGUUUGCUCACAAUUGGAAUGUGGUCCGAAUGCCGAAUGUAUCACAUCUGAACACACCGGACUUUGUCGCUGUCGCUCUGAUUAUGAAGGAGACCCGAGCAGCUCCAGUAUUGGGUGUAGACUGAAACCAAUACCAUGUUCAUCAGCGGCUGAUUGCUUGCCUAAUACUUACUGCUACGAGAAGAUCUGUCGUCCAUUUUGCCUAUCUGAUGAGGAGUGCAAUUUAUCAGACACAUGUUUGAAUGGACAGUGUUUGAAUCCGUGUGAUAUUAAAGCAGCAUGUGGAAUAAAUGCUGAGUGCGACGUACGGGGUCAUAUGAAACAAUGUAGCUGUCCACCCGGUUUCACAGGCAAUUCAGAGGUUGAAUGUGUGAGAGUACCUGUCUCUUGUAAGAGCAACAGCGAUUGCAGCGAAGGAAACAGUUGUCGAGAUAACAUGUGCCUCCCUGUUUGCACAGCGGAUACUGAAUGUGCUUUCAAUGAAAAGUGCAUUCGUAAAAAUUGUCUGUUAACUUGUAGACUUGACCAUGAUUGUUUCCUUGGGCACAUUUGCUUGCAAAAUCAGUGCUCGUUUGGCUGUCGCGGGGAUGAAGAUUGUAGUGCAGAUUUGGCCUGCUUCUCCAACAAGUGUAUAAAUCCAUGUGAAGCAACACCAUGUGGUCCUAAUGCUAAAUGCACAGUAGCUAACCAACGAGCUACGUGUUCUUGUGGACCUGGUUUUAUAGCCAAUCCAACUGCUAAGGUAGCUUGCUUACGCUCCCCUGGACCAGGUUGUCAGGCUAACAGGGAUUGCGCAGCUGGCACAGCCUGCGUUGCAAAUCUUUGCACAUCUGUUUGUUCAUCGAAUGCCAACUGCUUAAGCAACGAGAGGUGCGACAACUCCGGAGUAUGUAAAUCACUCUGCAGACGCGAUGAGGACUGCCGUAGCGGUGAGAUAUGCGAAGGACUUGUUUGCUCUAUUGGUUGUAGAUCAGACAACGAAUGCCAGGAAAGUCAUGCCUGUGUAAAUAACGAGUGUUCAGAUAUUUGUGCUGUUUCUGCUGCAUGUGGUACAAAUGCUAAAUGUUUAGCUAAUAAUCAUCAAAAACAAUGCAUUUGCCCAUCUCCAUUGGUGGGAAAUCCGAUACUUGGAUGCAGACAAGCAUUCCCUUCUUGUACAUCAAGUGCAGAUUGUUCGUCAGGUCAAUCAUGUUAUGGCAAAUUGUGUUAUACAACAUGUAGAAGCGACUCAAAUUGUCUCAAUGAUGAGCGUUGUGAUGGCGGACUAUGUAAAACGAUAUGUAACAGUGAUGACAAGUGUGUAUCGCAGCAAAUUUGUAAAAAUCGACUGUGUGACAUUGGUUGUCGCAGUGAUAAUACAUGUCCCAGUGAUGAAUCUUGUCUAAAUAGUCAAUGCCAAAAUCCAUGUAAAGGAGGCAGCGCUUGCGGAGAAUGUGCGGGUUGUCGUGUGGUGAAUCAUGCAGCUCAGUGUAGUUGUCCAGCAAACUACUUUGGUAAUGCCCUAAUCAGCUGUACCAAAUCUGCAAUCCCAUGCCAUGGUUCCUGCGAAUGUGACGAGGUUGGAUUUUGCACAUCGAGUUGCACGACCCAGGAUCAAUGCUCUUGUGGAGAAGUUUGUAAUGCUGGAAAGUGCCGAGUUAAAUGUGAUGUAAAUGGUGGUUGCUCAAAGGGUUACAUGUGCAAAGAAGGCUUAUGCCUUGUAGGAUGUCGAGCUCACUCUGACUGUCCCUCGUCGCUUUCUUGCACAAACAAUCAGUGCGUAGAUCCAUGUAAUAGUGGAGAAUCACCUUGUGGAAUAAAUGCACUCUGUCGAGUGUCCAACCAUCGAGCUGUAUGCCUCUGCCCAGAAGGCUUUCAGGGGGAACCCAGUCAAGAAUGUUACCAACUGGAAUGUCGUUUAGAUGAGGAUUGUGAGCCAAAUAAGCAUUGCAGCGUAGGUCGCGUUUGUACCAACCCAUGUCUGCAACAAGGCGUUUGUGGAUUUAAUGCGCAGUGUCGUGUGGUGAACAGACAAGCACAAUGCUCUUGUCCGCCAGGACACUUUGGAAAUCCGAAAGUUAAUUGCAAAAAAGGAGGUGACGAGUGCUUGCGGAGUCCAUGCGGCGUCAAUGCCAAAUGCAGUGACACUACUGGAGGAUUUGACUGCGUAUGCCAAGCAGGAUGUGUUGGAGAUCCAUACACAGGAUGUUUGUGCGAAGGUGGAGAUCCUUGCCAAAGUGCCCAAUGUGGUGUUAAUGCCGCUUGUCGUAUCAAUAACAAUGAGCCGCAGUGCUAUUGUCCUCCAAACUUCGCAAUUGGGGAUCCGUCUGUAGAAUGUCGCGCAGAACCUGCAUUAGGAGACUGUCGGACAGUUGGAUGUGGAAAAGGUGCAGAAUGCUUACGAGAUGGUACAAUAUUCGUGUGCCGCUGCCCUCCUGGUACUAGCGGUUCUCCAGACAUUGAAUGCAUAACAGAAAGAGAAUGCACCAGUGACUUAGAGUGUCCAAACGAGAAAGCCUGCAUAAAUCUACAAUGUCUGGACCCAUGUGCACUUCGCGGUGCCUGCGGAAUAAAUGCCUUAUGCCGUGUUGUGUUACACAAGCCGCACUGCUCGUGCCCACAAUGUUACAUUGGCAUUCCCCAAACUGCUUGCCAACCAGAUCCAAAAUGUGAAAAACUCGAUCCCCGACCUAUCUUCCCAAGUACAGGUUGCGCUUCUAACUACGAUUGCCCGGAAAGUCUUUCCUGCAAUAUUCAGACUGGAGAGUGCCGCGACCCAUGUUUGAACUUCAAGUUCAACUGCGAUGUAAAUAAGAAGUGUCAGGUGCGAAAUCACAGCCCGAUGUGUGUCUGUAAAUAUGGAUUCGUUGUCAACGAUAUUGGGGAACUAACUUGUGCUCCUGACACAUUGUUGUGCGUGAGAGAUUUUGAUUGCCCAUCAAAUGCUGCUUGCAUUAACGGAAAAUGUCAAAACCCUUGUAAUGUGCGAAACAAACCACCGUGCCCGGUUGACAAAACUUGUGAUGUACUGGAUCAUCGCCCUGUGUGCAUAUGCACUCGAAACUGCAAUCCUUCCUUAUCCAUCUGCCUGCGAAACAGUGGCUGCUCCCCAGACCUGGCGUGCCGCAACUAUCGCUGUGUGGAUCCUUGCAGUAACUCCACCUGCCCGGCUGAUGCUCCAUGUUACGUGGAGGAGCACAAGCCUAUCUGCAAGUUCUGUCCCCCAGGCUUUGUGCCCGAUACUAAAUAUGGAUGCAUGAAAGAUGUGAAAUGUAUGUCACAUACCGAUUGCACAGAGCAGUUGGCCUGCAUCAAUCAGCAGUGCCUAAAUCCAUGUACACUUGGCAACCCCUGCGAUUAUAUUGAAGAUUGUCACGUCCAGGAGCACAGACCAGUCUGCUUUAAACGAGAACCCGAUCCAAUUCCUGAUGGCUGCCCAGAAUACUGUCCUCCAGGAAUGGAGUGUGAUUCCUCGUCAAGUACUUGUGUGCAAGCGGGUUGCAAUAGCAACAGGGAUUGCUUGCUGACGCAGGCGUGCAUCGGAAAAAUAUGUCAAGAGCCAUGCGCUGUUCAAAAUCCUUGCGCUAAAAAUGCUGUUUGCAUCAAUACCAACCAUGAAACUGACUGUAGCUGCAAAGAAGGCUUUCACGGAAAUGCAUUCGUCUUUUGUGAUUCAGUUGAAGAAGGUAGAAAUAUUUGCCAAUACAAUGAGGAUUGUCCACCGAACAAGCUUUGCGAUCGGCUGAAUAGGUUCUGUAUUAAUCCCUGCUCUCAGGAUAUCUGUGGAGAAAAUGCUGAAUGUGUGGCUAAUAAUCAUGAAGCUCAGUGCAAGUGUCAACUUGGGUAUCAAGGAAAUGCAUACAUUCAAUGUACUAAAGUUGCAGGAUGUUCGAGGGAUAACGAAUGUGCAAGUAAUGAGGCAUGCGUAAAUGGUAAAUGUGGAAACCCAUGUGUUUGCGGAAAAAAUGCAGUCUGUGAUGUGAGAAAUCACAAAGGAUUCUGCAAAUGUUUAGCCGGUUAUUCUGGUGAUCCCAAUGUUGGUUGUCAACAAACAUCAUCGAACCCUUGUAUUCCAAACCCUUGUGGAGUUCUAGCCAUGUGUGAGAUAGAUAAUGGAAAUCCAAUUUGUUAUUGUCCGAAAGGCUUGACCGGAAAUCCAUUCAAACAGUGUAUUCCUGAAGGAGACAACUGUAAGGAUAAUCCAUGCGGUCCAAAUUCUGGUUGUCGAGUAGUUGAUGGACAUGUUAAAUGCUUCUGUUUACCUGGCUACGAGGGUAAUCCACCUUCAACAAGUUGUGGUAUUCCUGAAAAUGCAUGUGAUCCAUCCCCUUGCGGUCCGAACACUCAAUGCUCUGUCUUCAACCAUCACCCCACAUGUAUUUGUACGCCUGGAUACAUUGGUGAUCCCUUCACCGGUUGCACGCAUCGGCCAGUAACAGAACCGACUGUGUCUGAACCAUGUUCACCCUCCCCUUGUGGACCAAGCAGCUUAUGCAGAGUGGUUAACAAUCAACCCGUGUGUACUUGUGAAAAAUCUUAUAUUGGCACACCACCUAAUUGUAGACCAGAAUGUGUUGUCAAUUCUGAGUGCCCUCAAGAUCGUGCUUGUUAUAAAUUCAAGUGUAAUGAUCCUUGUCCGGGAACAUGUGGUAUCGGAGCUAAAUGUCAAGUGGUAAACCAUCAUCCUCUAUGCAGCUGUCCUCAAGGCAUGACUGGUGAUCCAUUCUCAAGGUGUUAUCGAGAAAUAGUUCCACCUUUGGAUGUCCCGAAACAAAGAGAUCCUUGCAUGCCUAGUCCAUGUGGUCUCUAUGCAGAAUGCAGGAAUGUCGCUGACCAAGCAGCCUGUUCGUGUUUAAAGAAUUACAUAGGAUCUCCACCAAACUGCCGCCCAGAGUGUGUUGUAAACACAGAUUGUUCUUCUAAUCAGGCUUGUAUCUCCGAAAAAUGCAGGAACCCCUGUACUGGAUCUUGCGGAGAAAACGCUGACUGCCGUGUUCAAAACCACAUUCCAACAUGUAACUGCAUACAAGGAUAUACUGGAGAUCCUUUCACACUUUGCUCACCGGUCCAAGAGCGUCCAAGAGUUCCUGAUGAUCCAUGUGAUCCAUCUCCAUGUGGACCGAACGCUCAAUGCAACGGAGGCUCUUGUACAUGCCUGCCAGAUUACUUUGGAGAUCCGACCUCAUUUUGUCGUCCAGAGUGUACAAUGAACUCUGAAUGCUCACGAGUAAAAUCAUGUGCUAAUCAGCAUUGUAUAGACCCAUGCCCUGGUACUUGCGGAUCCAAUGCUCGCUGCGAUGUUGUCAAUCAUAUUCCCAUGUGCAGUUGUCCACCUGGCACAACGGGUGAUCCAUUCUCUCUUUGUAGGCUAUACAACAAUGAUGACACACCAGCGCAACCUUGCACACCAUCACCAUGUGGUCCACACAGUAUGUGCAAAGUGAUCAACAAUCACGCAGUGUGCUCUUGUCAGUCAAACUUUAUUGGCAAUCCACCGUCCUGCAGACCAGAGUGUAUAGUUAGCGCAGAGUGCCCAUUAACACAAGCGUGCCUAAGAAGCAAGUGCUCAGAUCCUUGUCCAGGCACUUGCGGACAGAAUGCCAGAUGCCAAGUGGUUAAUCAUAAUCCGAUAUGUAGCUGCAGUGAGGGUUAUACCGGUGAUCCAUUUACCAGAUGCGACCCAGUCCAAGUUACUCCAGUGCCAAUAAAUCCAUGCGACCCAUCACCAUGUGGGCCUAACUCGGAAUGUCACGUCCGUGGGGAAAGUCCUGCAUGUUCAUGUUCUCAGAAUUACGUGGGAGUUCCGCCAAAUUGUAGACCAGAAUGUACCAUCAACCCAGAGUGUGCACCGCACCUUGCUUGUGUUCAACAAAAGUGUCGUGAUCCGUGUAUCGGUGUUUGUGGUGUAAAUUCAAAAUGUUCCGUGAUCAACCAUAAAUCUGUUUGUUCUUGUUAUGAAGACUACACCGGUGAUCCAUUCAGCAGCUGUCAUCCUGUCGAGAGAGUAGAGCCCCAAACAGAAAUUAGGAAACCAUGUGACCCAUCUCCCUGUGGCCCGAAUGCUAUUUGCCGUGAAUAUAAUGGCGCUGGAUCAUGCUCGUGUCGCUCAGACUAUAUAGGAAAUCCUUACGAAGGCUGUCACCCCGAGUGCAUGUCAAACUCAGAUUGCAUGCCAAAUUUGGCUUGUAUCAACCUGAAAUGCAGAAACCCCUGUCCCGGAACCUGUGGCCUGAACGCACAGUGUAAUGUUGUUAACCACAUGCCAAGUUGUAAUUGCAAUUCAGGUUAUACAGGAGACCCCUUCAGAUACUGCGUCCCGCACCAGCACCUACCUGUGACGGUUGAAGUAGACCCAUGUUUCCCGUCGCCUUGCGGACCAAAUAGUAAAUGCCGCAAUACAAAUGGCCAAGCUGUUUGCUCAUGUUUGCCAACCUAUAUUGGAUCCCCGCCGAGUUGUAAGCCAGAAUGUGUAGUAAAUAGCGAAUGUCCACCAACACUGGCGUGCAUCAAUCAGAAAUGCGUUUCCCCUUGUCCGAAUCCGUGUGGAUUAAAUACAGAAUGCAAAGUGAUUCACCAUAGCCCCAUUUGUAGUUGUAUUGCUAGAUAUACUGGAGAUCCCUUCACCAGAUGUUUCCCGCUGCCACAGACUGUACUUGUACAACGAGAUGAGAUCGAUCCAUGCGUUCCAUCUCCUUGUGGAUUAUAUUCCGAAUGUCGUAAUAUUAGGGGGUCUCCAUCUUGCUCCUGCUUACCAACAUAUAUAGGAGCACCGCCUAAUUGCAGACCCGAAUGUAGCGUGAAUUCUGAAUGUUCCAUGAACCUGGCUUGUAUCAAUGAGAAAUGUAAAAAUCCAUGCUUAGGAUCGUGCAGUAGUACAGCUCUGUGCAAUGUACGUAACCAUGUCCCAAUGUGCACUUGUCCUGAUGGAUAUACAGGAGAUCCUUUCAGCAAUUGUUAUCCAAAACCACCACCUCCAACUGAAGUUGCAAUUCAUGAUUUAUGCGACCCAUCUCCAUGCGGUCCCAAUGCCCUGUGUAACGACGGAAUUUGUACAUGUUUACCUGAGUAUCGAGGUGAUCCAUAUUAUGAAUGUCGCCCAGAAUGUGUUCUCAACUCGGAUUGUUCACGAGAAAUGGCAUGCAUUCGCAAUAAGUGCAUAGAUCCAUGUCCAGGAACGUGUGGACGAAUGGCCCAAUGUGUUGUAUUAAACCAUGUCCCUAUGUGUAGCUGUCCUACACGAAUGACAGGAAACGCUUUUGUACUUUGCUUACCAUUCCAAGAGCCUGUGGAUAGGAACCCAUGUCAGCCGAGCCCGUGUGGUCCGAACAGUGUAUGUCGAAAAAUUAAUGAACAAGCAGUUUGUUCGUGCGUACCGGGCUAUAUCGGUUCCCCACCCUCUUGUAGACCUGAGUGUACAGUGAGUUCGGAUUGUUCACUAAACGAAGCAUGCAGUAACCAGAAAUGCAGAGAUCCAUGCCUUGGUUCUUGUGGCAUCAAUUCUAGAUGUCAAGUCAUUAAUCACAAUCCAAUCUGUACUUGCCCUCAACUUCACACUGGUGAUCCAUUUGUGAGAUGCAUUCCAAUACUUGAAACUAGCCCUAUUCAAGUAAAUCCCUGUCAACCCUCUCCGUGUGGACCAAAUGCUAUCUGUAAAGUUAUCAAAGAUUCACCGUCUUGCUCGUGUCUCCAAGAGUACAUUGGCAUUCCGCCAAAUUGUAAACCAGAAUGCAUAAGUAAUAGUGAAUGUAGUAGUCACUUGGCAUGCAUUAAUCAAAAAUGCAAAGAUCCUUGUCCAGGUUCAUGUGGUAACAAUGCUGAGUGUCGAGUUGUUAGUCACACACCAAUGUGUGCAUGUCUUCUUGGUUUUAAUGGAGAUCCAUUCACAGAAUGUUUCAAACAAUCCGCUGUGAUCGCUGAAUAUCUUAGCCCAUGCACUCCUUCUCCGUGUGGCUCAAAUGCUAUUUGUAAAGAGCAAAAUAGAGUUGGAUCCUGUACGUGUGUACCUGGAUAUAUUGGAAAUCCGUAUGAAGGUUGCCGGCCGGAAUGUGUCAUCAAUUCUGAUUGUGCAUCUACUCUUGCUUGUAUUCGAUCCAAGUGCCAAAACCCUUGCCCUGGUACAUGUGGUCAGAAUGCAGAGUGCCAAGUUGUCAAUCAUUUGCCGUCAUGUUCGUGUAUUCCUGGUUUUACUGGAGAUCCAUUCCGUUACUGUAAUGUCGCGAGGCAACCCGUUGUAGCGGCAGAUCCGGGAGAUCCAUGUAACCCAUCACCUUGUGGCCCAAACAGUCAAUGUCGCGAAAUCAAUGGUCAAGCUGUAUGUUCUUGUAAGUCGGAAUAUAUAGGAAGUCCGCCAGGAUGCCGACCAGAAUGUUUAGUCAGCUCGGAAUGUCCGUUGAAUAGAGCAUGCAUCCAACAGAAAUGUGUUAAUCCAUGUCCUCAACCAUGUGGAGUUAAUACUAAUUGUGAAGUCUUGAAUCAUAGUCCAAUUUGUGCUUGCAAAAAUGGUUUCACUGGCGAUCCAUUCACAAGAUGCUUCUCGAUUCCGCAACCACUUCCAGAGAAGGCUCCAGCAAUAAAUCCAUGUGUGCCUUCACCUUGUGGGCCAAAUGCUGAAUGUCAUAACAGAAACGGGCUUCCUUCAUGCUCUUGCGCAUUGAAUUAUGUUGGUAGUCCACCAAACUGUAGACCUGAAUGUACAAUAAAUUCCGAUUGUCCAAGUAAUAAGGCGUGUAUCAGAGAAAAAUGCAAGGACCCUUGUCUUGGAUCUUGUGGAAUAGGAGCUCAAUGCAACGUCAUAAAUCAUACGCCUAUGUGCACUUGUACCCACGGUUACACCGGAGAUCCAUUUAAUAACUGCUACUUUGAACCACCACCAGAAAUAAUUGAAAAAAACCCUUGCAAUCCGUCACCUUGUGGACCAAAUGCAGAGUGCAACGAUGGCAGUUGUUCAUGUUUACCCGAAUAUCGAGGUGAUCCUUACUCAGGCUGUCGCCCCGAAUGUGUUCUCAACACAGAUUGUCCCUCGAACAGAGCUUGUGGCAGUAAUAAGUGCUUUGAUCCUUGCCCUGGUACCUGCGGACAGAAUGCAGAAUGCAACGUUUAUAAUCAUGUUCCCAUGUGUAGCUGUCCAAUAGGAAUGUCCGGAAAUGCGUUUGUUCUCUGUUCGCCUAUAAAAGAAAUGGAUUUGCCGAAUCCAUGCAAUCCUUCGCCCUGUGGUCCCAAUAGCUUGUGUCGUUCUGUAAACGGACAAGGCGUCUGCUCGUGUGUUCCUGGUUAUAUUGGAAGCCCUCCAUCGUGUAGACCCGAAUGUGUGGUCAGCUCGGACUGCGGAAGAAACGAAGCUUGUAGCAAUCAAAAAUGUAACGACCCAUGCCCUGGAACGUGUGGUCUUAGAGCUCAGUGUCAAGUUGUUAAUCACAACCCAAUAUGUAGUUGCCCCUCUGGUUACACUGGUGACCCAUUCCUACGAUGUGAAUUCAUUUUGCCCACCGAGAUCAAGCCAGUGAAUCCAUGUCAACCAUCACCUUGUGGCCCCAAUGCUGAGUGUCAAGUACUUGGUGACAUUCCUUCGUGCUCUUGUUUCUCACAAUUUAUUGGAUCUCCGCCAAACUGCAGACCUGAAUGUGUUAGUAACAGCGAAUGCUCCAGUCACUUGGCAUGUAUAAACCAAAAAUGCGCAGAUCCCUGUCCAGGAUCGUGUGGUUUUAAUGCUGAAUGUCGUGUGGUUAGUCAUACGCCAAUGUGCGUUUGUACUACAGGUUUUGUUGGUGAUCCCUUCACUCAAUGCAACAUUCAACAAUCUGAACCAGUUAUUGCCGAGAAACUUUCUCCGUGUACUCCAUCACCUUGUGGCUCAAAUGCUAUUUGUAAAGAACAAAAUGGCGUCGGAUCGUGUACUUGUGUAUCCGAGUAUAUCGGUAAUCCUUAUGAAGGCUGUCGCCCAGAGUGUACUAUCAAUUCAGAUUGUAUAUCCAGCUUGGCAUGCAUCCGAUCUAAAUGCCAAAAUCCGUGCCCUGGAACAUGUGGCCAAAACGCAGAAUGCCAAGUAAUUAGCCACUUACCAACUUGCACAUGCAUAUCUGGAUAUAUAGGAGAUCCAUUUAGUUACUGUCACCUCUCACCGCCAAUAAUUGUAGAUGAACCAUUGGACCCAUGUAACCCUUCACCCUGCGGGCCAAAUAGCCAAUGCCGUGUCAGUAACGGGCAAGCAGUUUGCUCGUGUCUUCCUGAAUACAAAGGGUCUCCACCCGGAUGCCGGCCAGAGUGUGUCGUAAGCUCAGAAUGUCAAACAAACAAAGCGUGUAUAAAUCAAAAAUGUGUCAAUCCAUGCCCAAGUCCGUGCGGUUUGAAUACUGAUUGUAAGGUUUCGAUGCAUAGUCCAAUUUGUAUCUGCAAACUUGGAUACACUGGAGAUCCAUUUACAAGAUGCUUCCCAACUCCAAAGCCUGAGCCAAUAAUUGUUCGGCCAACAAACCCUUGUGUACCAUCCCCAUGUGGGUCCUACGCUGAAUGUCGUGACAUUGGUGGAUCUCCAUCAUGUUCAUGUCAUGCAAACUACAUUGGUAGUCCACCUAAUUGCAGGCCCGAAUGUACUAUAAACGCAGACUGUGCAAGCAAUAAAGCUUGUAUGAAAGAAAAAUGCAGAGAUCCAUGUCCUGGCUCUUGCGGAAUCGAUGCUCAGUGCAAUGUGAUAAAUCACAGCCCAGCUUGCACCUGCCCCCAAGGCUAUACUGGCGACCCAUUCGUUAAUUGUUACCCUAAGCCACCCGAACCUGUUGAGGUUCUUGAAACAGAUCCUUGCAAUCCUUCUCCAUGCGGACCAAAUGCUGUAUGCAAUGACGGAAUUUGCACAUGUUUGCCAGAGUACCAUGGAGACCCAUAUUCAGGGUGCCGCCCUGAAUGUGUUCUUAACACAGAUUGUCCCUUGAACCGAGCUUGUGGCAGUAAUAAGUGCUUUGACCCGUGCCCAGGUACUUGUGGUCAAAAUGCUCUAUGCAAUGUGUAUAAUCACGUUCCAAUGUGCAGUUGUCCAACAGGAAUGAGUGGAAAUGCAUUUGUUGUGUGUUCUCCAUUUAGAGGUAUGAGCCUUGUCUGUGACCGGUUGAUCUAUUACGCAAUUGUAUGCCCCGAUUUUAUAUCAUCAUAUACUUCAUCUACAGAACCAGUAGUGGAAAAUUCAUGCAAUCCAUCACCAUGUGGCCCCAACAGUCAGUGCCGAAUAAUAAAUCAGCAAACAGUAUGCUCAUGUGUACCUGGAUACAUAGGCAGCCCACCAUCCUGUAGACCAGAAUGUGUCGUUAGUUCUGACUGCCUCAGAAAUUUGGCCUGUAGUAAUCAGAAAUGCAUUGACCCAUGCCCCGGAACAUGUGGCAUUAAAGCCCAAUGUCAAGUCAGCAAUCACAACCCCAUAUGCAGCUGUCCAAUCAGAUACACUGGCGAUCCAUUCGUUAGGUGUAUACCUAUUCCGGACACUCCAGUCAUAAAAGUGAACCCUUGUCAACCAUCACCUUGUGGUCCUAAUGCUCAAUGCCAAGUGAUCAGAGAUUCACCAUCUUGCUCCUGCCUACCAGAGUUCACAGGCUCACCACCAAACUGUCGACCGGAGUGCGUGAGCAAUAGUGAAUGUUCCAGUCAUUUUGCAUGCAUAAAUCAGAAGUGUAAAGAUCCAUGUCCUGGUUCAUGUGGAGCAAAUGCAGAGUGCCGUGUUGUCAGUCAUACUCCGAUGUGCGUUUGCGCGAUUGGCUAUAUCGGCGAUCCUUUCAUACAAUGCAACAUUAAACAAUCUGAACCAAUAUAUGAAACAUUGUCCCCAUGCUCACCGUCUCCGUGCGGUUCCAAUGCUAUUUGCAAAGAGCAAAAUGGCGUUGGAUCGUGUACAUGCUUGUCAGAAUAUAUUGGUAAUCCAUAUGAAGGAUGUCGACCUGAAUGUGUCGUCAAUUCCGAUUGUGUAUCAAGUCUUGCUUGCAUCCGAUCCAAAUGUCAGAAUCCUUGCCCUGGAACUUGUGGUCAGAAUGCACAAUGUCAGGUUGUGAAUCAUUUACCUUCGUGUACAUGUAUACCUGAAUUUACUGGAGACCCAUUCCGCUACUGUCAUCCAACACCACGACCUGUUGAAGCAGAACCGGAAGAUCCGUGCAAUCCUUCACCAUGUGGACCAAAUAGUCAAUGCCGGGUUGUUAAUAUUCAAGCAGUUUGUUCAUGUUUACCUGAAUACAUUGGAAGUCCGCCAGGCUGUCGCCCAGAAUGUGUUGUGAGCUCGGAAUGCCCCACAAACAGAGCUUGUAUCAAUCAAAAAUGUGCCAACCCUUGUCCAGCUCCAUGUGGGUUGAGUACGAACUGUGAAGUUUCAAACCACAGCCCGAUUUGCUCUUGCAAACAGGGCUAUACUGGAGACCCAUUCAGUAGAUGCUUCCCUAUUCAAAAACCACUUCCAAAUGUAGAACCAGUACGAAACCCAUGUGUACCAUCUCCGUGUGGAGCUUACGCAGAAUGCCGUGACAUAGGAGGCUCUCCCUCUUGUUCUUGUCUAUCUAAUUAUAUUGGUAGCCCGCCUAAUUGUAGACCAGAAUGUACCAUAAAUCCUGACUGCCCCAGUAAUAAAGCAUGUAUGCGCGAAAAAUGUCGCGAUCCAUGUGCUGGUGCGUGUGGUACAGGAGCCGAAUGCAGCGUAAUCAAUCACACCCCAAUGUGUACCUGUCCCGAUGGAUAUACAGGAGAUCCAUUUAGCAAUUGUUAUCCAAAACCACCAAUAGCGGAUGUUGUGGUAACAGACCCAUGUAAUCCUUUCCCUUGUGGAACAAAUGCUGAAUGCAACCAGGGUGCGUGUACUUGUUUGCCAGAAUAUCAAGGUGACCCAUACGUGGGUUGUAGACCUGAAUGCAUUCUUAAUAUGGAGUGUCCACUGAAUAAAGCUUGCGUACGGAACAAGUGUAUUGACCCGUGUCCUGGAACUUGUGCACCAAAUGCACAAUGUAACAUUUAUAAUCACGUGCCUAUGUGCAGUUGUCCUCCAGGAAUGGACGGAAAUGCAUUCGUACUGUGCGCACCUGCUAGAGAUCCUGUUGUGUCAAAUCCAUGCAACCCGUCGCCUUGUGGUCCUAAUAGCCAGUGCCGUACAAUAAAUGGGCAAGCAGUAUGUUCUUGUGUUCCGGGUUUUAUGGGCAGUCCGCCAUCCUGUAGACCCGAAUGUGUUGUUAGCUCCGAUUGUGAGCGAAAUGAAGCAUGUAGCAAUCAAAAAUGCAUUGACCCAUGUCCUGGUACGUGCGGUCUUCGAGCCCAAUGCCAAGUGAAUAACCACAAUCCCAUAUGCAGCUGCCCUCCGAGAUACACUGGUGAUCCAUUCGUGCGAUGCGAAUUAAUACUUGAAACACCAGUUGUACAUGUCAAUCCAUGUCAACCAUCUCCAUGUGGUCCAAAUUCUCAGUGUCAGGUGAUUAAUGAAUCACCUUCCUGCUCGUGUCUGCAAGAAUUUACUGGGUCCCCGCCAAACUGUAGGCCUGAAUGCGUUAGUAAUAGUGAAUGCUCUAGCCAUUUGGCAUGUAUCAACCAAAAGUGUAAAGACCCUUGUCCAGGCUCUUGUGGAGCAAAUGCAGAAUGUCGUGUUGUGAGUCACACACCAAUGUGCGUUUGUAGCACUGGCUAUGUUGGCGAUCCAUUCACCUUGUGCAGUACUAAACAACCUGACCCAGUGUAUGAUGACAUUUCUCCGUGUACACCUUCUCCAUGUGGUUCUAAUGCUGUAUGUAAAGAACAGAACAAUGUAGGAUCCUGUUCGUGUUUACCAGAAUAUAUUGGUAACCCUUACGAUGGCUGCCGACCAGAAUGUGUAGUCAAUUCAGACUGCCUAUCAAGUUUAGCGUGCAUUCGGUCCAAGUGUCAAAAUCCGUGUCCUGGAACUUGCGGUCAGAAUGCUGAGUGUCAAGUCAUGAACCAUUUGCCUGCAUGUACUUGUGUACCUGGAUUUACCGGAGAUCCGUUCCGUUAUUGUAGUCCAACACCGCAACCUGUAGAUGCAGACCCAGGUGACCCAUGUCAUCCAUCUCCUUGUGGCCCGAAUAGUCAGUGUCGCACUUCUAAUGGACAAGCAGUAUGCUCAUGCCUUCCCGAAUAUACAGGAAGUCCUCCAGGAUGUAGACCUGAAUGUGUUGUAAGCUCUGAAUGCCCGACAAACAAAGCAUGUAUUAAUCAGAAAUGCGUCAACCCGUGCCCAAGCCCAUGUGGUAUAAAUACAAAUUGUGAAGUCUUAAAUCACAGUCCAAUAUGUGCGUGUAAAGAAGGAUUCAGUGGGGAUCCAUUUACACGAUGCUCUCAUAUUCCACCACCACCAUCAAGUCCUGUUUCAAUUCAAAACCCAUGUGCAUCCUCACCUUGUGGACCACAUUCAGAAUGUCGCGACAUUAGAGGCUCACCUUCGUGUUCUUGCCUACCAAGUUACAUUGGUAGUCCACCAAACUGUAAACCCGAAUGUACCAUAAAUUCUGAUUGCACAAGUAAUACCGCUUGUAUCAGAGAAAAGUGUAGGGAUCCUUGUCCAGGUUCUUGUGGUUUUAAUGCUCAGUGCACAGUCAUCAAUCAUACCCCGAUGUGUACAUGUCAAGAGGGUUUUACUGGAGAUCCAUUCAGCAACUGUUAUCCUAAACCACCGACACAACCUAUAGCCGAUGAAUCAGACCCUUGCAAUCCAUCUCCGUGUGGUCCAAAUGCUCAAUGUAAUAGUGGAGAGUGUACAUGUGCACCAGAAUAUCAAGGAGAUCCUUAUGUCGGAUGUCGUCCCGAAUGUGUUCUAAAUACAGACUGCCCUCUAGAAAGGGCUUGCAGAAAUAAUAAAUGCAUAGAUCCUUGUCCUGGUACUUGUGGCCAAAAUGCCCAAUGCACGGUCUUCUCCCAUGUUCCCAUGUGCAGCUGCCCAGUGCAAAUGACAGGAAACGCAUUCGUGCUGUGCACGCCGGUUAUAGAGUCGGUAACUGUACAGCCUUGCAAUCCAUCACCAUGUGGGCCUAAUAGUCAAUGUAGAGUAGUCAAUAACUUGGCUGUAUGUUCGUGUGUUACUGGAUUUAUUGGAAGCCCUCCAACAUGUAGACCUGAAUGUAUUGUCAGCACAGAUUGUGCUCAGAAUGAGGCGUGUAUAAACCAAAAAUGCAGAGACCCAUGCCCAGGCACUUGUGGAAUGGGAGCUACGUGUCAAGUCAUAAACCACAAUCCUAUUUGCAGUUGCGUUGGGCAACUAACGGGUGAUCCGUUCAUCAGAUGCUCCCCAAUACAGCAAACUCCCGUUACCAAAACAAACCCAUGCCAACCAUCUCCUUGCGGACCCAACGCUCAAUGUCAAGUCAUCAAUGGUUCCCCAUCGUGUUCUUGCUUAGCCGAAUUCAUUGGGUCUCCUCCAAAUUGCAAACCCGAGUGUAUUAGCAACAGUGAAUGUUCUAGUAGACUUGCGUGUAUCAAUAGAAAAUGUAAGAAUCCCUGCCUAGGAUCGUGUGGUGCUAACACUGAAUGCCAAGUGGUUAGUCAUACGCCGAUGUGCGUUUGCAGUAUUGGAUACACAGGAGAUCCAUUUACGCAGUGCAACAUUCAACCAAUUCAAACUGUCAUAACUCAGUUGCCAUGCACGCCGUCCCCCUGUGGUGCCAAUGCUAAAUGCGAGGAAAGAAACGGUGCAGGAGCAUGUUCUUGCUUUACGGACUAUAUUGGUAAUCCCUAUGAGGGUUGUCGCCCUGAAUGCGUAGUCAAUUCAGACUGCGCACCAAGCCUGGCGUGUAUUCGUUCCAAAUGUCAAGAUCCAUGUCCAGGAACAUGUGGUCAAAAUGCACAGUGUCGUGUAAUCAAUCAUUUACCAUCUUGCACGUGUAAUGAUGGAUUCACAGGAGAUCCAUUCCGUUACUGUAACAGAGAACCAGACAAAAAUGUAGAAGACGACCGAACCGAUCCAUGCAAUCCAUCACCUUGCGGGCCGAAUAGUAUUUGUCGAGAAAUUAAUGGACAAGCAGUUUGUUCUUGUUUACCAACAUAUAGCGGUUCACCGCCAGCUUGUAGGCCCGAGUGUGUCGUAAGCUCUGAAUGUUCAACGAACAAAGCCUGUAUUAAUCAGAAAUGUACUGAUCCAUGCCCAGAUCCUUGUGGAAGAAAUACGAACUGCAAAGUUAUAAACCACAGUCCCAUAUGCACGUGUCGACAAGGCUUUACUGGAAAUGCGUUUUCAUCAUGCUUCCCAAUCCCACGCCCUCCAAUUGAAAAUGAACCACAAGUGCAAAGAGAUCCAUGCUUGCCUUCCCCCUGUGGUCCAUAUUCUCAAUGCCGAGAUAUCGGCGGAACAGGAUCUUGUUCCUGUUUACCGGCUUUCAUAGGAACACCUCCAAACUGUAGACCAGAAUGUACAAUAAAUUCGGAAUGUACCAGUAACAUGGCAUGUAUCCGUGAGAAAUGUAGAGAUCCCUGUCCUGGAUCUUGUGGGUUAGAAGCGAAAUGUGAUGUUAUCAAUCAUACCCCAAUUUGUACAUGCGUGGAUGGAUAUACGGGAGAUCCAUUUACCAACUGUAUUCCCAAAAGACCACCAUCUAAUGAGCCUGUAGUAGUGGACUUGUGUAAUCCAUCACCAUGUGGGUCAAACGCUAUUUGUCAAGAAGGCAUAUGCUCUUGUAUAUCAGAGUACCAUGGCGAUCCUUACAGCGGGUGCCGUCCAGAGUGUGUCAUAAAUGAUGAUUGCUCUCGUGACAAAGCUUGCAUACGUAAUAAAUGUAUAGAUCCAUGUGUCGGAACUUGUGCUCUGAACGCCCAAUGCAUGACGGUAAAUCAUAUACCCAUGUGCAGUUGUCCACAAGGAAUGAUUGGAAAUGCUUUUAUUCAAUGUUUACCAUUGCAAGCUGACGUUAUAAAGAACCCAUGCUUGCCAUCGCCAUGUGGACCUAAUAGUCACUGUCAGGAAGUGAAUGGACUAGCAAUAUGCAAAUGUGUGCAGGGAUACAUUGGAAGUCCUCCCACCUGUCGACCUGAAUGUACCAUAAGUUCUGACUGUGCACAAACUGAAACUUGCAUUAAUCAGAAAUGUAAAGAUCCAUGUCCUGGAACCUGCGGCCUUAGAGCUCAAUGCUCAGUUAUUAGUCACAAUCCAAUAUGUGCCUGUCCUCCAGGUCUAACAGGAGAUCCCUUCUUAUCAUGCACUCGAAUUCCUGAAAUUCAACAAGAGCCGGUAAACCUGUGCGAGCCGUCACCCUGCGGGCCAAAUGCUCAGUGCCAAAUCAUAAAGCAAGCACCUUCUUGCUCUUGUUUACCCGAAUUCACCGGUUCUCCACCCAAUUGCCGACCCGAAUGUAUCAGUAACAGUGAAUGUCCCAGUUCUAAGGCAUGUAUUCAUCAGAAAUGCAAGGAUCCAUGCCCAGGGUCAUGUGGAGCAAAUGCCGAAUGCUAUGUCUUCAGUCACACGCCAAUGUGUACAUGUAACUCAGGUUACACAGGAGAUCCAUUUACGCAGUGUUCCGUAGUUCAACUUGCUAUUGAGGAGAGACCAACGCCAUGUAGGCCUACGCCGUGUGGUGCUAAUGCAAUAUGCAAGGAACUCGGUGGGGCUGGAUCAUGUUCAUGCUUAAAUGAUUAUAUUGGUAACCCGUACGAAGGAUGUAGGCCAGAGUGUGUCACAAAUUCCGAUUGCUCAUCUAAUCUUGCGUGCAUUAGAUCCAAAUGUCAAGAUCCUUGCCCAGGUUCUUGUGGUCAAAAUGCACUUUGCCAAGUUAUAAGCCAUGCGCCAACUUGCACGUGUAUCGAGGGUUACACUGGCGAUCCGUUCCGUUAUUGCAACGUGUUAACGCCGAUAGGAUUUGAAGAAGGUAUCCGAGAUCCAUGUAGUCCGUCCCCUUGUGGACCAAACAGCGAGUGUCGUGUAAAUAACGAUCAAGCAGUAUGUUCGUGUCUCGCAAAUUAUAAAGGCAAUCCUCCACUGUGUCGUCCUGAAUGUGUAGUUAGCUCAGAAUGUUCUUCAACUCGCACUUGUGUCAACCAGCGGUGUACUGAUCCAUGUCCAGAUCCUUGUGGCAGGAACACUCAAUGCAAAGUCGUAAAUCAUAGUCCAAUUUGCUUCUGCAUAAAUGGAUAUUCAGGGGAUCCAUUUUCACAGUGUUAUCCUAUAACCGCAGCCAAUCCACCCCAAUCACCCGUGAUUAGGGACCCUUGUAUUCCAUCACCAUGUGGCGCAAAUGCUGAGUGUCGUGCUGUAGGUGACACUCCCGCAUGCACUUGUUUGGCAAACUAUGUUGGCAGUCCACCAAACUGUAGACCUGAAUGUACAAUAAAUGCAGAAUGCCCCAGCAAUUUGGCUUGCAUCCGAGAAAAAUGUAGAGAUCCAUGUCCAGGAUCAUGCGGUUUUAAUGCACAAUGCAUGGUUGUCAAUCAUACACCAAUGUGCCAAUGUCUUGAAGGUUUUACUGGAGAUCCAUUCACCCAGUGUAAUUUGAGACCAGUUCAACAAACUGAACCACAAGAGUCAGAUCCUUGUAAUCCAUCUCCUUGCGGUCCCAAUGCUCAAUGCGACAACGGUAUUUGUUCUUGCUUACCUGAAUAUCAAGGAGAUCCAUAUGCCGGGUGUCGCCCAGAAUGUGUUCUUAAUAUUGACUGCCCUCGCAAUAGAGCUUGUUCUAGAAACAAAUGCUACGAUCCUUGCCCAGGGACAUGUGCAAAUAAUGCUCUGUGUAGUGUAAUAAAUCACAUUCCUAUGUGUAGCUGUCCACAAGGAUUUGAAGGAAACGCUUUCGUUCUAUGUACACCAAUCCGAGCCCCUACAGUUUCAUCGCCAUGUAAUCCUUCACCCUGCGGGCCUAAUAGCCAAUGUAGAAGUAACAAUGGUCAAUCGGUGUGCACUUGCGUCCCUGGUUACAUAGGAAGCCCGCCAUCAUGCCGACCGGAAUGUCUUGUUAGUUCUGACUGUCCACAAAAUGAAGCCUGCAAUAAUCAAAAAUGUAGAAACCCUUGCAUUGGCACAUGCGGUUAUGAGGCUCUGUGCGAAGUUGUUAACCAUAAUCCAAUAUGCCACUGUCCCGUGAGAUAUACCGGUGAUCCAUUUGUGCGAUGCACACCAAUUCCUGAAAUUCCAACUGUAUUUGUAAACCCAUGCCAGCCGUCUCCUUGUGGCCCAAAUGCGUUGUGCCAAGUUACGAAUGAUUCGCCAUCAUGUUCUUGUUUACCCGAAUUUACUGGGUCCCCACCAAACUGUAGACCCGAGUGUGUUAGUAACAGUGAGUGUCCCAGUCAUGAAGCAUGUCAUAACCAGAAAUGCCAAGAUCCAUGCCCAGGUUCAUGUGGCAAUAAUGCAGAAUGCCGUACAGUGAGCCAUACGCCAAUGUGCUUCUGUAGCAUUGGGCAUACAGGAGAUCCGUUUACACAGUGCUUUAUCAAACCAAUUAACGACGUCGUCGAUCAAAGGCCAACACCUUGUUUACCGUCUCCAUGUGGAUCUAACGCUGUUUGUACUGAACGUAACCAAGCAGGAUCAUGUUCUUGUUUGCCAGAAUAUAUUGGAAACCCCUAUGAAGGGUGUAGGCCGGAAUGCGUUCGAAAUUCAGAUUGCCCAUCGAAUCUUGCUUGUGUCAGGUCUAAAUGUAUCGACCCAUGUCCGGGAACUUGCGGUACAAAUGCAGAGUGUCGUGUAGUUUCUCAUCUACCGACAUGCUCUUGUUACACAUCUUAUACGGGAGAUCCUUAUCGAUACUGUACAUUACAACAACCAGUCAAUAUUCCAGUAGACAAAACUGAUCCAUGCAGUGAAGCUCGCUGUGGUCCCAAUAGUCAGUGUAGGGUAAUAAACGAACAAGCCGUUUGUUCCUGUCUGCCGACGUAUAUUGGUAGCCCACCAGCAUGCAGACCAGAAUGUGUCGUUAGUUCUGAGUGCACUUUUGACAAAGCAUGUGUAGAACAGAAAUGCAAAAAUCCAUGCCCGACGCCAUGUGGUGUGAAUUCCGAAUGCAGAGUAAUAAACCAUGCUCCCUUAUGCAGCUGUAGACAAGGAUUCACCGGUGACCCAUUCACCAUGUGCUUCUCAGUACCAUUGACGUCUCCAGGCCAAGAUGAAAUAAUUCAAAGAGAUCCGUGUAUUCCAUCACCUUGCGGGCAGUAUUCAGAAUGUCGAAACAUAGGUGGACAACCCUCGUGUUCUUGUGUUACUGGUUACAUUGGAAUCCCCCCAAAUUGUAGGCCUGAAUGUACGAUCAAUCAGGAAUGUCCCAGUAACCUGGCAUGUAUGCGCGAAAAAUGUCGAGAUCCUUGCCCUGGAUCUUGCGGUUUACUUGCACAGUGCCACGUAACUAAUCACGUCCCGAUAUGCACCUGUCCUGAAGGAUACACUGGCGAUCCAUUUAGUAACUGUUUCCUGAAACCGUCACAACCUGAGCCUGAUGUCUCUGAUCCAUGCAAUCCUUCUCCGUGUGGACCAAAUGCUCAGUGUAAUGAUGGCAUUUGUGCAUGCUUACCUGAAUAUCGAGGUGACCCAUACUCAGGUUGCCGUCCAGAAUGUGUUCUCAACACAGACUGUGCACCGAACAGAGCAUGUACUCGCAAUAAAUGCGUAGACCCUUGCUCAGGAACUUGUGGAUACAAUGCUAUAUGCAACGUAUAUAAUCACGUUCCCAUGUGCAGUUGCCCUUCAGGAAUGACUGGAAAUGCGUUUAUUUCGUGCAAUAUUCAACAGGCGCCUGUCUUCACCGAUCCAUGCAUUCCGUCCCCGUGUGGACCAAACAGUCAGUGCCGACAGAGUAAUGGACAUGCAAUAUGCUCUUGUAUCACUGGAUAUAUAGGUUCCCCACCAACUUGUAGACCCGAAUGCAUUGUUAGCUCAGAUUGUGCUCAAAGCGAGGCAUGUAGCAAUCAGAAAUGCAGUGAUCCUUGUCUGGGAACUUGCGGAAUACGCGCAAGCUGCAAAGUUGUCAACCAUAACCCAAUUUGCAGUUGCCCAAGCACUUCUACGGGUGACCCAUUCGUUCAAUGUUCGCCAAUUCCUGUGGAACCAGUGGUGCAUGUAGACCCAUGUCAGCCAUCACCUUGCGGCCCCAAUGCGCAGUGCCGAGUUCUAAAUGAUGCACCAUCUUGUUCGUGCUUACCAGAAUUUGCUGGUACACCACCUCAGUGCAGGCCAGAAUGUGUCAGUAAUAGCGAAUGUCCAAGUCAAAAGGCAUGUAUAAAUCAAAAGUGCCAAGAUCCAUGCCCUGGCUCUUGCGGAUAUAAUGCCGACUGCCAUGUUGUCAGUCAUACACCAAUGUGCGUUUGCCCUAUUGGACACACAGGGGAUCCAUUCACACAAUGUGUACAACAAAUUGAUAUACCAUUUAAUGAAUCCCCAACUCCUUGUACACCGUCCCCUUGCGGAGCAAAUGCAGAAUGCAGAGUAAGAGAAAAUGCUGGCUCCUGCACAUGCAUGGCAGAAUACAUUGGAAAUCCUUACGAAGGAUGCAGACCAGAGUGCGUCGUAAAUUCGGAUUGCUCAUCAAACUUAGCCUGCACUGGACUAAAAUGCAAAGAUCCGUGUCCAGGAACCUGCGGCCAAAAUUCUGAAUGCCAUGUCAUAAAUCAUAUGCCAACGUGUACUUGUUCCGAAAGAUAUACUGGCGAUCCAUUCAGUUACUGCCACCCAAUUAUAGAAACAACAGUUGUAGCUGAUGCUGGCAACCCGUGCGAACCUUCACCUUGUGGUUCUAACAGUCAGUGUCGGGAAAUUAACGGCCAAGCAGUUUGCUCUUGUAUAUCAACUUAUAUAGGCAGCCCACCCAAUUGUAGACCGGAAUGUAUCGUAAGCUCAGACUGUUCCUCAACUCUAUCGUGUAUCGGCCAAAAAUGUACCAACCCCUGCCCCACUCCAUGCGGAUUGAACACAAUCUGUAAUGUUAUAAAUCACAGUCCCAUAUGCAUUUGCAAACAUGGAUUUACUGGUGAUCCAUUCACACGAUGUUUCGGAAUUCCACCUCCAACUCAGCCCGUUGAAGAAUAUAGAGACCCAUGCUUACCUUCACCAUGUGGACCACACUCGCAAUGCCAAAACGUUGGUGGAACACCAUCGUGCUCUUGUUCGCCUGAAUAUCGUGGUAGUCCCCCCAAUUGUAGACCUGAAUGCACAAUUCACCCUGAUUGCUCAAGUAACAGAGCUUGUAUAAAUGAGAAAUGCCGUGACCCAUGUGCAGGGUCAUGUGGAUUGAACGCCAUUUGUACUGUGUUCAAUCAUAUACCAGUCUGUACUUGUAUCGAAGGCUACACCGGGGAUUCAUUCAGCAGUUGUCACUUCUCGCCAAUUACAGAAAACGUCGACAUAGACCAAUGUAAUCCAUCACCAUGCGGCCCUAAUGCGAAAUGUAACGAUGGAAUUUGUACUUGCGAAUCUGAAUUCAAGGGUGACCCAUACACUGGGUGUCGACCAGAGUGUGUCCUAAAUACAGACUGUCCCUUCAACAAAGCAUGUGUGCGCAAUAAGUGUAUAGACCCGUGCCCUGGUACCUGUGGACAAAAUGCCCUGUGUAAUGUCAUCAACCAUACCCCAAUGUGUAGUUGCCCAGUAGGGACAAGUGGAAAUGCUUUGAUCUUGUGCCAAACAGUAAAAGCUCCUGUUAACCCAAGACCAUGUAAUCCAUCGCCAUGUGGCCCUAACAGCAUUUGUCGUGAGAUAAAUGGACAAGCUGUAUGCUCUUGUGCGCCUGAAUCCGUAGGCAGCCCUCCAUCUUGCCGACCAGAAUGCAUAGUUAGUUCUGACUGUGCGAGAAAUGAAGCUUGUACAAAUCAAAAAUGUAGAGAUCCAUGUCCUGGAACAUGUGGCCGACAAGCGAUAUGUGUAGUAAUCAAUCACAACCCAAUUUGCUCGUGCCCCGAACAUUUCACUGGUGAUCCGUUUAUCCGAUGCACUGUCAUACAAAUGACCGAAAUUGUGCCGAUAAAUCCGUGCCAACCUUCGCCAUGUGGCCCCUAUUCACAAUGCCAAAUCGUCGACGAAUCACCUUCAUGCUCUUGUCUACUACAAUAUACAGGAUCCCCUCCGAAUUGCAGACCCGAAUGUGUUAGCAAUAAUGAAUGCCCCAGUCAUCAAGCAUGUUUCAAUCAAAAAUGUAAAGACCCAUGCCCUGGAAUGUGCGGUGCAAAUGCGGAAUGUUACGUUGUCAGUCACACACCUAAUUGCGUAUGCUUCGAUUACCAUACGGGAGAUCCAUUUGUUCAAUGUUUCCCAGCUCAAUCUAACCCAAUUCCUGAUGAUGCACACUCCCCCUGUUCACCUUCACCUUGCGGCUCAAACGCAAUUUGCAAAGAAUCUAACGGUGCUGGAUCUUGCUCCUGUUUACCCGACUACCAAGGAAACCCUUACGAAGGAUGUAGACCCGAAUGUGUAAUCAAUUCUGACUGUCCAUCUUAUCAAGCAUGUAUUCAAUCCAAAUGCAAGGAUCCAUGUCCAGGCACUUGUGGUCAAAACGCAGAAUGUACAACUAUUAACCACUUGCAAUCGUGCAACUGUCGCUUAGGAUUCACCGGCAAUCCUUUUGCAUUUUGUACACCCGUCCCACUUUCUGAAGAGCCAGAGAAACGAAAUCCUUGCAACCCAUCACCGUGUGGACCUAACAGUCAGUGCAAGGAGCUUAAUGAUCAAGCAAUUUGCUCUUGUCUUCCUACAUAUGUUGGCAGCCCGCCAAGUUGUAGGCCAGAGUGCGUUUCCAGCUCAGAAUGUUCGUCCCAACUAGCAUGCAUAAAUCAGAAGUGUGUCAACCCAUGCCCUACUCCAUGUGGCCUGAAAACCAACUGUGUGGUAGUGAAUCACAGUCCAAUUUGUAGUUGUUUGCCGGGGCACAGCGGAGAUCCUUUCACCAGAUGCACACCAAUUCCACCUCCUGAAACGGUAAAACCUACAGAAUCAGAUCCGUGUGUUCCGUCACCAUGUGGCAACUUCGCACAAUGUCGGAAUAUCGGGGGAACACCAGCUUGCACUUGUUUGAAUGAUUACAUAGGACAGCCACCAAACUGUAGACCCGAGUGCACUAUAAAUCCCGAGUGCCAGAGUAACGAAGCUUGUAUAAACGAAAAAUGUAGAGACCCUUGUCCUGGAUCGUGUGGUUUUGGAGCCCAAUGUGUCGCUAUAAUGCAUACUCCGAUGUGCACGUGCCCUGAAGGUUACACCGGGGAUCCAUUCUCAACCUGCAAUAUCCUACCCCCGACUCCUUCUGAUCCAGUACCAGUAGACAAAUGUAAUCCAUCUCCUUGUGGCCCAAAUGCUCAAUGUGACGAUGGUGUUUGUACAUGCUUAUUAGAGUAUCAAGGAAACCCAUAUUCUGGUUGUCGACCUGAAUGUGUGCUUAAUCCAGAUUGUCCCCGUGAAAAAGCUUGUAUGCGGAACAAGUGUAAAGAUCCGUGCCCUGGCGCUUGUGCUGCAAACGCUCUAUGCACUGUUAUCAAUCAUGUUCCCAUGUGUAGUUGCCCACAGAAUACAAGUGGCAAUGCGUUCAGCUUCUGUGCUCCAUUGCAAGAACCUGUCCUGACGAACCCGUGCAACCCCACGCCAUGUGGACCCAAUAGCGAAUGCCGUGUUGUAAACGGACAAGCUGUUUGUUCAUGUGUGAGCGGAUUCAUCGGUAGCCCUCCAACUUGCCGACCAGAAUGUAUAGUUAGCACCGAUUGUCUUCAAAACGAAGCAUGCAGUAAUCAGAAGUGUAAAGACCCAUGUCCAGGCACAUGCGGUUUGAAAGCGAUGUGCCAAGUUGUAAAUCAUAAUCCAAUCUGCAGCUGUCCUACACGAUUCACAGGCGAUCCAUUCAUCGGAUGCACACCGAUGUUAGAUGAAGUUCCACCACCGAUCAACCCAUGUCAACCGUCGCCAUGUGGUCCUAACGCCCUGUGCCAGGUUACAAAGGAUUCUCCAUCUUGCUCGUGUCUACCUGAGUUUAUAGGAAGCCCACCAAAUUGUAGACCAGAAUGUAGUAGCAAUAGUGAAUGCUCUAGCAAGUUAGCUUGUAUCAAUCAAAAGUGCCAAGAUCCUUGUCCUGGUUCUUGUGGAUCCAACGCAGAGUGUCACGUAUUCAGUCAUACCCCAAUGUGCGUGUGUGCGAAUUCCUACACUGGGGAUCCUUUCACACAAUGUACUUACCGAGAACCAUCACUGCCAAUACAACCUGAACGACCUUGUCAGCCUUCUCCUUGCGGAGCAAAUGCUGUGUGCAAAGAACUCAAUGAAGCCGGUUCAUGCUCUUGCCUUCCGGAUUAUGUCGGAAAUCCGUACGAAGGUUGCCGACCAGAGUGUGUUAUCAAUUCUGAUUGUCCGUCGAAUACUGCGUGCAUUAAUUUCAAAUGCAAAGAUCCUUGUCCUGGAACAUGUGGACAGAAUGCAGAAUGUCAAGUCGUUAACCACUUGCCCAGGUGUACUUGUUACGCAAGAUAUACUGGUGAUCCUUUCACGUAUUGCAUCAUGGUUGUGAAAGAUCCACCUGUCGAAAGAGACCCAUGUAAUCCAUCGCAAUGUGGACCAAACAGCCAAUGUCGAAUAAUAAAUGAACAAGCUGUCUGCUCAUGUCUUCCCGAAUAUGUUGGAACUCCUCCAGCAUGUCGCCCAGAAUGUGUUGUUAGUUCUGAAUGCCCAUCAAACCGAGCAUGCAUUAACAAAAAAUGCGUUGACCCAUGUCCUGGAAGAUGUGGCUCGAAUUCAAGAUGCGAAACCAUAAACCAUAGUCCAAUUUGUAGUUGCCAGCAGGGUUACACAGGAGAUCCAUUUGUUACAUGUUUCAGAGUACCGAUUGCGCCACCAGAUGAAAUAAACACAUACGUCAAUCCUUGUCUUCCUUCGCCAUGUGGACAAAACUCUGAAUGCCGUGACAUUAAUGGACAAGCUUCUUGUGCUUGCGUAGCCAGUUUCAUAGGAACACCGCCCAAUUGUAGACCAGAGUGUACGAUCAACCCCGACUGUCCCAGUAAUCAGGCAUGUCUACAAUCAAAAUGCAGAGAUCCUUGUCCAGGAUCUUGCGGAAUAGGAGCAGAUUGUAAAGUGGUUGGUCAUACACCUAUGUGUCAUUGCCUUGAAGGUUACACCGGCGAUCCGUUUACCAGGUGUACUCCAAAAUUGGAAUCACCCCAAGAACCAGAACCUACUGAUCCGUGUUACUUGUGUGGAGCAAAUACACAAUGUCUCAAUGGUAUAUGUACAUGCUUGUCGAACUUCCAAGGGGACCCAUUCAUAGGAUGUCGACCAGAAUGUGUAUUGAAUCAAGAUUGUUCAUUUAAACAAGCAUGUAUUCAAAGCAAAUGCAAGGAUCCUUGCAUAGGAACAUGUGGAAACAAUGCUUUAUGCAGUGUCGUAGAUCAUAUCCCAAUUUGUACUUGUCCAUCCGGUACAUCUGGCAACGCGUUUGUUGCUUGUUACACAGUGCAAGUGCCAUUACCGUCGGAUCCUUGCAAUCCCUCGCCAUGCGGUUCAAACAGUCAAUGUCGUCGUAUCAAUGAACAAGCAGUUUGUUCUUGUAUUGUUGGUUACAUGGGCAGUCCACCAAGCUGCAGACCAGAAUGUACAAUUAGCUCUGACUGUGCGCCAAACAAAGCAUGCAGUAAUCAAAAGUGUAUAGAUCCUUGCCCAGGGACAUGCGGGCUCAGAGCUAUUUGUAAUGUUGUAAAUCACAAUCCCAUAUGUAGCUGUCCGGCAGAUCUUACCGGAGAUCCAUUCGUUAGAUGCACUCUAAUUGAAAAACCACCGGAUACUUCUAAUCCUUGUCAACCAUCACCGUGUGGUCCAAAUGCUCAAUGUCGAGUAGUGGACGAUUCGCCUUCAUGCUCUUGCUUCCCUGAAUUCACCGGAUCACCACCACAAUGUAGACCUGAAUGUGUUAGUAACAGCGAAUGUUCCUCCAACUUGGCCUGUAUUAACCAAAAGUGCAGAGAUCCUUGUCCAGGGUCGUGCGCCGCAAAUACUGACUGUAGAGUAAUAAGUCACACUCCAAUGUGUGUUUGCGCAGCUGGUUUCAUCGGGGACCCAUUCACACAGUGUAUUCCAAAGCAAACUGAAAAAUUACCGGAAGAAAAGCCAACACCUUGUAUACCAUCACCAUGUGGAUCUAAUUCUGUGUGCCGAGAAUUGAAUGGAGUUGGGUCUUGCACAUGUUUGCUAGAUUAUAUUGGAAACCCCUAUGAGGGUUGUCGCCCAGAAUGUGUAAUCAACUCCGACUGUACAUCUGACAGAGCUUGUAUCAGUUCAAAAUGUCAAAAUCCAUGCCCAGGAACGUGUGGUCAAAACGCUGUAUGUCAUGUCGUUAGUCAUUUACCAUCGUGCACAUGUCAAACUGGAUAUACCGGUGAUCCAUUCCGGUACUGCAAUAUAAUUAAAGAAGAUGAAGUACCUGUUGCUGACCCAUGUAACCCUUCACCUUGUGGACCAAAUAGUAAAUGUCGUGAAGUUAAUGGCCAGGGAAUCUGUUCGUGCUUACCAAAUUACAUGGGAAGUCCACCAUCGUGUAGACCAGAAUGUGUAAUUAGCGCGGAAUGCCCAACAAACCGUGCCUGCAUCAAUCAAAAGUGUGCGGAUCCAUGUCCAGGCAUUUGCGGCAUAAAUGCAAAAUGUGAUACUAUCAAUCAUAGCCCUAUUUGCAGUUGUCUUCAAAGAUUCACCGGCGAUCCGUUUGUAAAAUGCUUCAAUAUUCCUGAUGAAACCCCACCACCUAUCAAGAAUGACAACCCAUGUCUACCGUCUCCAUGUGGACCAUUUUCUAUCUGUCAGGCUGUUGGUAAUUUACCAUCAUGCACGUGCAUGGAGAACUCGAUUGGAUCGCCUCCGAACUGUAGGCCUGAAUGUACAAUCAACUCUGAAUGCGUCAGUAAUCGUGCUUGCAUCAAAGAACAGUGUAGAGACCCAUGCCCAGGAUCCUGUGGAAUUAGAGCGCAAUGUCACGUUGUUAAUCACAUUCCAUCUUGCACUUGCCCGGAAGGAUAUACCGGAGAUCCAUUCAACAGUUGUUCCCCUAAACCACCGCGCUCUGAGCCAGAAGUACCAGACCCGUGCAGUCUCUCGCCAUGUGGACCAAAUGCAGAAUGCGUAAAUGGCGUGUGCACCUGCUUAUCAGAAUACCAUGGGGAUCCAUAUUUCGGGUGUCGUCCCGAAUGUAUACAAAAUACAGAGUGUACCUCGGAUAAAGCAUGUAUACGUAACAAAUGUGCUGACCCUUGUCCCGGUGUGUGUGGUCAAAAUGCAGAAUGCACAGUCAUCAGUCAUGUCCCAAUGUGUAGUUGCCCCAGUGGAACAACUGGAAAUGCGUUCAAUUUCUGUUCACCAGCUGAAGAACCAGUCGUGAUUAAUCCUUGCAAUCCAUCGCCAUGUGGUCCGAAUAGUCGAUGUCAAGAAAUUAAUAACCAAGCUGUAUGCACUUGCAUAACGGGAUUCAUUGGAAAUCCACCAUCAUGUCGACCAGAAUGUGUGAUCAAUUCUGAAUGUGCUCAGAAUGAAGCCUGCAUUAACCAAAAGUGCAAAGACCCUUGCCCCGGAACAUGUGGAGUAUCAGCUCGUUGUCAAGUCGUUUAUCACAAUCCGAUUUGUAGUUGUCCACAGACGUUUACUGGAGAUCCGUUUAUAAGAUGCAUACCAAUCACGGAAAGAGUUGAUGAGCCAAAAAAUCCAUGUCAGCCAUCUCCUUGUGGCCCUAACUCGUUAUGUCAAGUUAACAACAAUGCGCCAUCAUGCACCUGUCUUUCAAACUUUAUUGGGACUCCUCCUAACUGUAGACCAGAAUGCAUUAGCAAUAAUGAUUGCUCAAAUAAUUUAGCCUGCAUUUACCAGAAAUGUGAAGACCCAUGUCCAGGAUCCUGUGGUGCUAAUGCAGAAUGUCGUGUGGUUAGUCACACGCCAAUAUGUAUAUGUACUGUCGGAUACACAGGUGACCCAUUCACCCAAUGCAUCGCAAAACAAAACGAACCUGCUGUCCAAGAAAAUCCAUGUAUACCAUCACCUUGCGGUACAAAUGCAGUGUGCAAGGAACAAAACGGAGCUGGUUCUUGUGUAUGUAUAUCAGAAUACAUUGGAAAUCCAUACGAGGGUUGUCGACCUGAGUGUACAAUCAAUUCAGAUUGUAGUGCUAGCCAUGCAUGUAUUAGAUCCAAGUGUCAAGACCCAUGUCCAGGAACUUGUGGUAGAAAUGCACAAUGCCAAGUUGUGGCUCAUUUACCAUCAUGUACAUGUAUCCCAGGAUAUACUGGAAAUCCAUUCAGCUAUUGUAACGCAAUACCACCUGAAACAGAGCCACCAGUUGAACGCAAUCCAUGCAAUCCUUCACCAUGUGGACCGAACAGUCAAUGUCAGGACAAUAAUGGGCAAGUUAGGUGUGCGUGCUUACCAUUAUUUAUUGGAAAUCCUCCCAAUUGUCGACCUGAGUGUGUUGUUAGUUCUGAGUGUCAGUUGAACCUCGCUUGCAUCAAUAAAAAAUGCCAAGAUCCAUGCCCUGGUACUUGCGGGAGCAAUGCAGAAUGCAGGGUCUUGAAUCACAGUCCCGUAUGUAGUUGCAGAAUUGGUUCAACUGGUGAUCCAUUCAGCUAUUGCUACACGGUUCAGGAAUUGCCACCAAAUGAGGAAUAUCCAAAGAAUCCAUGCGUUCCAUCUCCAUGUGGACCCAAUGCUGUUUGUCAGGCUAUUGGCGAUAAUCCACUGUGUACUUGCAUGUACAAUUACAUUGGAGUGCCUCCCAAUUGUCGUCCAGAAUGUUCCAUCAAUUCUGAUUGCACUAGCAAUAGGGCUUGCAUAAGAGAAAAAUGCAGAGACCCUUGUCCAGGAUCUUGUGGUCUUGGUGCUCGCUGCACCAUUGUUAAUCAUAUCCCAGUUUGCACAUGUUUCGAGGGUUAUAGUGGUGAUCCUUUCAGCAGCUGCAGCCCGAAACCGCCAGCAGUAGACAAGCCCAUCGAUCCUUGUAAUCCAUCACCAUGUGGUUCAAAUGCACAGUGCAGCAGAGGCGAAUGCUCAUGUUUGCCUGAAUUCUAUGGCGAUCCUUAUCAAGGUUGUCGUCCAGAAUGUGUAUUAAACUCGGAUUGUUCUCGUGAGAAAGCAUGUAUACGCAACAAAUGCAAAGAUCCGUGUCUCGGUACUUGCGGUUCCAAUGCCGAAUGUUUUGUUGUUAAUCAUUUGCCCAUGUGUAGCUGUCCUCGUAACAUGAGUGGAAAUGCGUUUAUUUUAUGUUCACCCAAGCAAGAUCCAAUUCCAUCGAAUCCCUGUCAGCCGUCACCUUGUGGGCCGAACAGUCACUGUCGGGUAGUAAAUGGACAGGCUGUUUGCUCUUGUAUUCCUGGUGUUAUAGGAUCACCACCUACUUGCAAGCCAGAAUGUGUAAUUAGUUCCGACUGUGCUCAAAACAGAGCGUGUAAUAAUCAGAAAUGUAUAAACCCAUGUCCUGGUACAUGUGGUUUGUCGGCUCAAUGUGUUGUUGUUAACCAUAAUCCUGUAUGCAGUUGUCCUUCACAACUUACCGGAGAUCCAUUCGUACGAUGCUAUCCAGCAGUAAGAGAACCUGGUAUACAGAAAGACCCUUGUCAGCCAUCUCCGUGUGGCCCCAAUGCCGAAUGUUCAAUCAGAAAUGGCAAGCCAUCGUGUUUGUGUCUGAGCGAAUUCAUCGGGGUUCCGCCUAAUUGUAAACCAGAGUGUAUCAGCAACACUGAUUGUUCUAGUCACUUAGCAUGUAUUAAUCAAAAAUGUAAGGACCCUUGUCCUGGUUCAUGUGGCAUAAACACUGAAUGUCGAACAAUUAGCCAUACCCCUAUGUGUAUCUGUGCUAUCGGAUUUACUGGAAAUCCAUUUGCACAAUGUACUCCGCACCAGAUUCAAGAACCAAUUGAAAUUGACGUGUGCUCACCAUCACCAUGUGGUUCAAAUGCCCUAUGCCGUAAAUUGAAUGGUGCAGGCUCUUGCGCAUGUUUGCCAGAAUAUAUUGGAAAUCCAUAUGAAGGCUGUCGACCAGAAUGUGUAAUUAAUUCGGAUUGCGCAGCAGACAAAGCUUGCAUCCGAUCUAAAUGUCAGAAUCCAUGCCCAGGAACCUGUGGAGUAAAUGCUCAUUGCCAAGUAAUCAAUCACUCACCAUCAUGUUCUUGCCACACAGGCUACAGUGGCGAUCCAUUCCUUUAUUGUAGUGUGAUAAAACUUGAUCAACCCACUCCUACGGAUCCUUGCAAACCCUCACCUUGUGGACCGAACAGUCAAUGUCGUGCUGUGAAUCAAAAAGUCGAAUGUACAUGCCAACCAAACUAUUUCGGCAGUCCACCAUCCUGUAAACCGGAAUGUAGGGUAAACUCUGAAUGCCCGUCUAACCGUGCCUGCAUGAAUUUGAAAUGCGUCGAUCCAUGCCCAGGCAUUUGUGGUACUAAUGCAAGAUGCGAAACUAUAAACCACAGUCCAAUUUGCAGUUGCAAUACUGGUCAUACUGGCGAUCCGUUUAUAAGAUGUUUUGAAAUUCAAUUACCUGUGCCCCCACGAGUUGAUCCCUGUCUACCGUCACCGUGUGGUCCAUUUGCUAUAUGUAGAGCCAUAGGGGACAGUCCAUCAUGCUCUUGUACACAAAACUAUAUAGGUUCACCUCCUAAUUGCCGCCCUGAAUGUAUAAUUAAUGAAGAUUGUCCAAGCAACAGAGCUUGUAUAAGAGAAAAAUGUAAAGACCCAUGCCCAGGAUCUUGCGGACUAGGAGCACAGUGUAACGUAAUUUAUCACACCCCAAUGUGUACAUGUCCAGAAGGCUUUACAGGAGAUCCCUUCAAUAGAUGCAAUCUUACACCACCAAUAAAACCAGUACUGACGGAUCCAUGCAACCCAUCUCCCUGUGGAUCGAAUGCCAGAUGUGAUAAUGGUUCAUGCACUUGUUUGCCCGAAUAUCACGGAGACCCUUAUUAUAUGUGCCGACCAGAAUGCGUGUUGAACUCCGAUUGUCUCUACAACAAAGCUUGUAUUCGUAACAAGUGUGUAGAUCCUUGCCCUGGCGUUUGUGGUCAAAAUGCCGAAUGCAACGCUAUAAAUCAUGUACCCAUGUGCAACUGUUUACCAAAUUAUGAAGGAGAUCCCUUCAGUUUCUGUCGGAUCGUCCAAAAAACACCAGAAGUGAAUCCUUGCAAUCCAUCGCCCUGCGGGCCAAACAGUGUUUGCCGUGAACUAUCCAACCAAGCUUCGUGUUCAUGCCUUCCUGAAUAUAUCGGAGUGCCACCCAACUGCAGACCCGAGUGUUCGGUCAGCUCUGACUGUGAACAAAAUAGAGCAUGUAUGAAUCAGAGAUGUCAAAACCCGUGCACAAAUACUUGUGGUCAAGACGCUCUAUGUACCGUGCGCAAUCACAAUCCCAUCUGCAGCUGUCCAGAAAAGUACACUGGAGACCCGUUCGUUUAUUGUACACCUAUAAAGCCUUCAUAUAUUCCUGAACCAACGGACCCUUGUAACCCGUCGCCCUGUGGACCAAAUUCUCAGUGCACACCAACUACUGCCAAUACAUACUCAUGCUCCUGUGUACCGCCCUACCUGGGGCUCCCACCAAAUUGUAGACCCGAGUGCGUUGUUAAUGACGAGUGCCCUACCCAUCAAGCAUGUAUCAAUUUGAAAUGUGGCGACCCUUGUGUAGGCUUAUGCGGAGCCAAUGCAUUAUGCGAUGUUACCUUACAUCAGCCACGAUGUUCAUGUUCCCAAGGAUAUACAGGAGAUCCAUUUACAAUAUGUGCAAUUGUACCAUCGGAUCCGGAAAAACCACUAGCACCGUUAACACCGUGUAACCCAUCACCAUGUGGCGUCAAUGCGUAUUGUAGAGAAAAUUAUAACACAGCUAUAUGCGAAUGCAGACCAGAGUACAGAGGCAACCCUUACGAAGCAUGCAGACCAGAGUGUUCUAUUAACAGUGACUGUCCCAUGUCGCAGGCUUGCAUACGAAAUAAAUGUCAAGAUCCUUGCCCCGGCACGUGCGGCGUUGGUGCAAUCUGCAGAGUCUCAAAUCACGUUCCUGUAUGUUCUUGUCCUCCAACUACCAGUGGUGAUGCAUUUAGAAUAUGUCAAGCUAUUACUGAAGAUCCCAGGGAAAAAGAUCUAUGCAAUCCUUCACCAUGUGGACCAAAUGCCAUCUGCCAGAGGCAAGGAACCACAGUUUCGUGCAUAUGCCCGCCAAGUUUGUUGGGUGAUCCGUUUAGUGUCAGUGGUUGUAAGCCGGAAUGCGUACUGAGCUCUGAUUGCCCUGGAGACAAAGCUUGCAUCAACACAAAAUGUGUCAAUCCUUGUUCACAAAGUAUUUGCGGAUUUGGAGCCGAGUGCAAGGUCAUCAAUCACAGUCCGCUCUGCAGCUGUCCUCAGCCAAAAGUUGGCAAUCCAUUUGUUGAAUGUUACGAAAUCAAAGAAACCGAUCCGUGUAAUCCAUCUCCAUGCAAUGCUAACGGAGAAUGCCAUGUACGAAACGGAGCUGCCGUGUGCAUAUAUCCAGAAUGUGUUAUCAAUCAAGAUUGUCCACGAGACAGAACUUGUUUCUCUCAGAAAUGUAGAGAUCCAUGCAUAGGAACUUGCGGUAUUAAUUCGCUCUGCCAGACCGUAAAUCAUGUAGCCAUCUGUUCAUGCCCAAGUGGUUACGUAGGUGAUCCUCAGAUACAGUGUAGACGUCCCGUGAUUACUGAAGAUGUUCCAAAACCUGAAUGUACCAAGAACGAAGACUGUGCGAAUGACAAAGCUUGCGUAGAACAGAGAUGUGUCAAUCCUUGCAGCUUGAAUUCGUGUGGCCAGAAUAGCGUUUGCCACGUUCAAUUGCACAGAGCAAUUUGUGUGUGUAACGAUGGUUUCACUGGCAAUCCGCAACAGAAUUGUUACGAACUUGGAUGCCGUAGCGAUGACGAGUGUUCAGUUAGUCAAACGUGUUACAACAAAGAAUGUGUCGACGCAUGUCUGAUCACACAGUGCGGCACAAAUGCCAUGUGUCGUUCGAAUGGUUAUCAUAAAGCACAUUGCUAUUGCCCAGAUGGAUACAUCGGCAAUGCUUAUCAAAUAUGUGAGAGACCUGAAUGUACAGUGGACAGCGACUGUGCGUCAUUCUUAGCUUGCCGCAAUACGAAAUGUGUAGAUCCAUGCGAUUGCUCGUCGUCAGCUCAAUGCUCUGUUUUCAACCAUCAACCUACAUGCAGAUGUCCACCCGGGUAUAUAGGUGAUCCCUACAGAUCCUGCACUCUAGAACCAAUAUUCCCAACACCCGAAUGUACCAUGGAUGCAAAUUGUGCCAGUAGGCUGGCGUGCUUCAGUGGAACCUGUAAAAAUCCAUGUGACCAAUCGCAGCCCUGUGGCACCAACGCUAAAUGCACUGUUAUAGACACAUUACCAAUGAGGACAAUGGUUUGCGAAUGUUUGCCAAACUUCAUUGGCGAUGCACAUGUUGCCUGUACACCAGUUGACAAAGCUAUCGAACUUGGCUGUAAAUCUGAUUCGGAUUGUAGUCCAAAUACAGCAUGUUUGAAUCAUCAAUGUAUUGAUCCAUGCACUACGAGACCCUGUGCAGCCUCAGCUGAAUGUCACGUAAAUAAUCAUAGGCACUCGUGCCAGUGCCCAACGGACUUUGCAGGCAACCCACUAUCAUACUGUUACAGAGAAAACGAAGCUUUACCAGAAUGCACGUCAGACCUAGAUUGUUCUAUAAGCCAGGGAUGUUUGAACAAGCGCUGCCAAGAUCCAUGCUUGGGCAAUUCUUGUGGUUUGAAUGCAAAAUGUAUCACCAUAAAUCAUCACCCAAGAUGUAAUUGUGAGCAAGGAUUUGCUGGAGACCCGCAAGUUCAAUGCUUUAGACCGGAGUGUAGAACAGACAAUGAUUGCCCAAUGGAUAAGGCAUGCAGAGAUGCGAAUUGUGUCAAUCCUUGUGCAAACGAAGAACUACUGUGCGGUCGUGGAGCACAAUGCACUGUUUUCUCUCACAGAGCUCAGUGCAGCUGCCCGCCAGGAACUCAAGGAAAUCCACAAAUAGCCUGUGUUACAGGAAUUUGCCAGUAUAAUGAGGAUUGUGGGGAUCAUGAAGCCUGCGACAGAUUAAACAGAGUUUGCAGACCUGUUUGUGAUUCUGAAACUUGCGCAGAAACUGCAACGUGUCUUGCAAGAGAUCAUCAACCGAAGUGCGUCUGCGCACCCGGAACAGUAGGAAACCCAUACAUAGAAUGCACAGGAAAACCUCAAGAGCCAAACGGAAUUUCUCCACAAUGUAAAGAAGACGCUGAAUGCCGUUCAGGUUUGGCAUGUAUCAAUGCAAGGUGUCAAGACCCAUGCGCUUCUAGUAGUAUGUGCAGUAAUGAUCAGCAAUGCAGAGUAUUAGACACAUUACCACUGCGCACGAUGAUAUGUCAAUGUCCAACAAAUACAGCCACUGAUGAUAAUGGCAAUUGCAAGAAGAUUCCCGUGAACGAUGUCCAAUGUCGUUCCGACCGAGAAUGUAGUGAUCCGGAAAAAUGCGACAGCGGAAGAUGUAUCGAGGCUUGCCGCUUGAAUAAAUGUGGCAUCAAUGCUCUAUGUAAAUCUGUAUCGCAUAAUGCACUGUGCUCAUGUGCUCCAGGAUACACUGGAGACGCUCACUUCGAGUGUACGAAUGAAGGUAGAGAACCAAUGCCAGGAAUACAACCAGAGUGUUAUGCCAAUGACGAAUGUGCGACUGACAAACAGUGCAUUAAUUAUCUUUGCGUAAAUCCAUGCGUUGCUGGUGACCCUUGUGGAAGAAACUCUUUGUGCCAUGUAGACAAGCAUAAUCCAGUAUGCAGAUGUCCAAAUAAUUACAUGGGCGAUCCUAAAACGGAGUGUAUACCACCUUCACUUAUCGUCGGCUGCGUAUCGAACAGCGAGUGUGCUGGUACCGAAGCAUGCGUCAAUGGCCUAUGCACCAGCCCUUGUAACUGUGGACCAAAUGCUAAGUGUACUGUCAGCAAUCAUUACCCAUCUUGUGUUUGCCCUCCUGGAUAUUCUGGAAACCCACAGCUCAGAUGUACCAAAGUGGAAUGCGAAACAAACAAUGACUGCAGUCAUACAGAUACCUGCUACAACGGUCAAUGCGUGAACCCAUGUAUAAUCGAAAAUAAUUGUGCUAUCAAUGCUGAGUGCUACGGUCAGAAUCAUCAAGCAUCAUGCCGAUGCGGUGUUGGAUUUUAUGGAAAUCCAGAAGUACUGUGCGAGAGAGCAGAAUGCAACAGUGAUUUUGACUGCCCUCAUAAUCUGGCUUGUCAAAAUAUGCGUUGCAUAAAUCCAUGCCUCGAUCGGUCACCUUGUGCACAAAAUGCCAUAUGCUAUGUACAGAAUCAUGCAGCCGCAUGUCGAUGUCCUGAACAUGCACCUACUGGAAAUCCAUUCUCGUAUUGCGAAAAACGGAUUGUAAUUGCUAACAACACUCUAGAGUGUGAGAAGGAUAUCGAUUGUCCCAGCAGGUUAGCUUGCAUCAAAAAUAGCUGUCAGAAUCCGUGCGCAAUUAUCAGACCAUGCAUGGAAAAUGCCCGUUGUGAUGUAUUGGAUACUACUCCAGUAAGAACUAUGACCUGCACUUGCCCUGAAGGGUGGAUCACAGAUUCAGAUGGAAUAUGUAGACCUGUAUUAUUAGUUUCGACUGCCAGCUGCACAUCGGAUGAUGAGUGUCAACAAAGUGAGUCGUGCAUCAACAGACUAUGUCGAGACCCAUGUAAUUGCGGCGCCAAUGCAGUCUGCUACGUUAAAAACCACAAGCCUGUAUGCUCCUGCAAACAGGGUUAUCAAGGAAAUCCAAAUCUAGCUUGUUACUCGGUUGAUUGCCAGGCAGAUUCCGACUGCACAGAUGACAAGUCAUGCGUAAACAACAACUGCGUGAAUCCAUGCUUACUUUCAAAUCCUUGUGCUGUAAACGCUGAAUGUUAUGCCACGAAUCAUGUGACCAACUGUCGCUGUCGCAGCGGAUAUUAUGGUAAUCCGUUGGAGAGAUGCUUGGUGAUUGGGUGUUACACCAACAGUGAUUGCUCUGACGAUCACGCGUGUAUCAACAUGCAAUGUAUUGACCCAUGUCUUCGUGAUAGACCUUGUUCGCCUCGCGCAGAGUGCAGAUCUCAGAACCAUAUACCAGUGUGUAGAUGCCCUCCACAGUAUAACGGAAACCCGUACGUCAAUUGUCAGCCAAUAGAAGAGCCCGAAUGCCGACAAGACGACGACUGUCCCACACAACUUGCAUGUCUUAACCAAAAGUGUCAAGAUCCAUGUCCGGUCAUACAUCCUUGUCAGAAUCCAUCCAAAUGCGAAGUAUUGUCCACUGUCCCCGUUCGCACAAUGAUAUGCAUAUGCCCAAGCGGAUAUGUGAGUAGUGGUAGUGGCACAUGUCAACCAACAACACCUAUCACAGUGAUCGGGGAGUGUACAAGAGAUACAGACUGUGCCACGGACAAAGCAUGCAUAAACGCUGUAUGUAGAGAUCCUUGUAACUGCGGAGCAUUCGCCGUAUGCCAAGUUGUUAAUAAUAAACCAAUCUGCUCUUGCGAGGAUGGAUAUGACGGAAAUCCAGAAAUUCAGUGUGCACGAGUGCUUGGUUGUCGAUCCGAUGACGAGUGUAUCGGAACUCACACGUGUAUCCAGCAUAACUGCAUACCGGCAUGUUCACCUGCAUUAAUUAAUUGUGGAGAAGGAGCAGAGUGUCAUGGUAUAAACCAUAAAGGUAUUUGCGAGUGUCCACCUGGCUUCGGUGGUAAUCCAAGAGUCAGUUGCGGGCUGUUGGGCUGCAGAAGUAGUACGGACUGUCCUACCAACAAGGCGUGCAUUAAUAACAAGUGCGAAAACCCCUGCAACUUUAAUGUGUGUGAUAACCAGACGGACUGUAAUGUUUACAACCAUGCCAUUGAAUGUACUUGUCCACCGGGUUACAGAGGAAACCCCAAAUCUGGUUGCACAAAAGUCGUUGAAACAUGUCUAUCCGAUUCUGACUGCCCAUCACAGACAGCAUGCUUUAGUGGAGAGUGCAUUAAUCCUUGCACUAGGAUCGAGCCAUGUGGUAUCAAUGCCCAAUGUACAGUACUAGAUUCUAAUCCAGUGAGGACUAUGAUUUGCGAAUGCCUACCAGGAUAUCGGGGUAACGCUGUUGUUCGCUGUGAAAAAGCAAAUAUUUGUCCAAUUGAACGUGGUCAAAUCCGUAACAACAAAGGCGAAUGCGUCUGUCAGCCAGACUUUGCCAAGAAUGAAAACGAACUUUGUGUACCCUGCCGCGUCGAAGCUGGUAUGAAAGUCAAUGAACAAGGUUAUUGCGAAUGUGCUCUAGACAGAGGAAUGGUGAUAGAUCAGUAUGGGCAUUGCAUAUGUGAUACCAAUCAUGGAUAUUAUCUAGACAGGAACGGAAACUGCAUUGCAAGAGGAAUAUCGAAAUGCAUGCAGGACAGUGAUUGUGACGAUGAUAAAUAUUGUGAACAAAUUACACAUACUUGUCAAAACCCAUGCAACAACAAAAACUGUGGCAUCUAUGCUCGUUGUAAUGUGACGACACAUCAAGCUGAAUGCGUCUGCAUUAAUGGCUACGUCAGAGAUGCAAAUGGGGACUGCAUAUAUAACAGGACUACCAACUUCCGCACCGAUUUCCCAGCAUCAACAGUAGUCAGGUGUCUCUCUGAUGGAGUAGAAGUUGAAGUUCGAAUGAAUGAUCGAGGUUUCAAUGGAGUCAUUUAUGUCAAGGGAUAUAGUAAAGAUGAACAGUGUCAUCGUGUCAUCUCUACACCACGUGAUACUUUACCUCAAUUAGAAGUAUUCAAGGUUUCAUUUGGUAAUUGUGGACUGGUACACAUCAACGGUCAAGCUAGUUUUGUACUAGUUAUUCAGAAGCAUCCCAAACUUAUGACUUCUAUGGCACAAGCGUACUAUAUUAAGUGCCUGUACCAAACCGGAGAACAAAUCGUAACUCUUGGAUUCAAUGUCUCAAUGCUAACCACUGCAGGGACAAUUGCUAACACCGGACCUCCUCCUAUGUGUGUAAUGAAAAUUGUUUCUCAAAAUGGCAAUGAAAUUAACUCAGCUGAGAUCGGAGACAACCUUGUACUGCAAGUUGAUGUACAACCCAACACAAUUUAUGGUGGAUUCGCUCGCAGCUGUGUAGCUAAAACUAUGGAAGACAAUGUAGAGAACGAAUACGUGGUAACAGAUGAAAAUGGUUGCGCAACCGAUCCAACAAUAUUUGGCGAUUGGGUGCAUGACCCAAACAGUCAAUCUCUAUUGGCUAGUUUUAACGCCUUCAAAUUCCCUAGUAGCGACAACAUAAGAUUCCAGUGUAAUAUUCGUGUUUGCUUCGGAAAAUGCCAACCGGUGAAUUGCCGAGGCUAUAAUGCAUUUGGCAGACGACGUCGAGAUGUAGAGCCUGAUCCAAACGACACUGCACUAAGCUUAGAUGACGGAUACGAAGGACAACUUCGAGAAGAAAUAACAAUUGAAUCAAAUCUUAUAUAUACUGUUGAAAGAAAAGAAGAACGAUUUACAGCAGAUCCUGCCGAGGCUCCCUCAGCCCAGCGUGUAGAAGAUAUUUGCGUGUCUAUGGUUGGAUUCAUCAUUUCAUUAGUGAUUACUGCACUUUUGGCACUAGUCGCGGUAGCUAUUGCUGUCUCCUGUUGGUUAAUGGCGUAUCGUCGUCAGCCAAAGACUGCAGGACCGUUGCCGCAUCCUCCAGAAUUUCCAAAUCCGUUGUUCACUACAGAUUCUGUAGCUGAACCAUCUCCGGACUAUCAUUUGUCAUAAGUCUGUAGAGAUGAGUAAUUGUGUUAAUAUAGUUUAAAUAGGGGUUGAUAGAAAAAAAUUAUGACAUUUCAUGGAAUACGUUACUGACCAUUCGCAUCUUGGUUAGUGCUGCAUUUCUUAAUACAUCUCCUCCAAUGGCUAAUUCUUCUAUUUUUUUAAGGGUUCAGUAAUCGACAGAAAAUUAAGAUUGUAAAAAAAAAAAUACAAAAAAAUUCUCCAGUAUUAUU